AAUGAACAAGCUGUAUAUUGGAAACCUCAGCGAAAACGUAAGCCCCCCGGAUUUGGAAAGUCUCUUCAAGGAGUCAAAGAUCCCUUUCACUGGCCAGUUUCUGGUCAAGACUGGAUACGCGUUCGUGGACUGUCCUGAUGAGAAUUGGGCUAUGAAGGCCAUCGACACCCUCUCAGGUAAUCCCACUGGGAGAGGGAGGCAGGUAGAGGCUGCAAUCCCCCCCCUCUUCUGCCCUGUGCCCCCCACACCCCCUUUGGCCUCUAACCUGGCACCCUGCGCAAGAAGGGUGUGCGCCCCCAACUCUGCUGACCUGGGAGGGUCAUUUAAAGCACUGAGCCUGCAAAGGGCAUCAGGUUGUACAACGACCUUCAACCCUGUCUGACUACUUUUUAUUUUAAGGUUCUAAUUUGCAAAUAACGUAGAGUCUACACUAGUGCAUGGAGGGGGAGUACACGCAGCCAUUGCUAAAGCUCGCUUGCCCCUGGGGUGUGUUGUGAGUGCAUGCUGUUGGUAGUGGUGGGGCUGUGUGUGUGCAUGCAAACUGGAGUCCUUUGGGUGGAUAUACGGGGUGAGCCUUGUUGUGAGUGAAGUGUACAAGGGCACUUCGUGAUCACACGCAGAGUGGGGGGUUGGUACCCCUCGGGAUCCUCUACAUCCAGGUGCUCUCAACGGCUCAUUAACUCCCAAUUCCGGUCACUUUGCUCGUUGAACCCACACCCAUUGCCUUGCACGCUAAAACAAACCGUGGCGUGGGUGGUGGCCCACUCUGUGCACCACGUUCCACGCACGGCCGUGGGAUAGAACGCUGGCUCUUCCUACGUGUUCUAUUUCGAAGCUCUGCAAGGGUAGGUAGUUUGCGGCUUCUACAGGGUUAACCUCCUUUUUUUAAUGAGUGUACCCCUUAUCGCAAGGUAUUGACACCCACGCGUGUUUAUAAUAUGUAACCGAGAUGGUAGGGGGAGAGAGGCUGGCUGCAUUCUUUUUGCAUGUGAUAACCCUGCUUGGUGCUGGGGAAUAACUAUAGGUACUCUGCCUUACUACAGGGUGAGUGAUCACUCUUGGCUACCGUGAAACAUGUCCCGUUGCCGAAACCAUGAAAACAUUCGUGUUCUAGUGAGGAUUUAGCAGCUCUUUCCACUCAUUUGAGGUUUUUUUUUUUUGUUUUGUUUUUUGAUAUAUGCAAUUAGGGCAUUCUUUAAGUCGGGGUGCAAAGAUCCAUAGGGGCUCAUUCAUAAAAAAAAAAAAAUGUUAUCUACACGCGUAAACACGCACAUGACUCGAUCACGAGCCUCGGCUGCACACUAUCCAUCAAGGGACAGCUGCUCUGAUCCACAUGCUAUCGAGGAUUGUCUUAGAAAAAGUGCAGAAGCUCUAUUUUGCAACUAACACAGCUGCCCAGUACCUUACUAUACCCACUCAUUCUCUUCCACCCAUGACCAAACACCCCCUCCAUCUCUGCGCCUAAAUUAUUCAUUAUUUCAUUGCUGAUCUCACACUAGCUGCUACUUCCUUUUAGAAGACCUCUGCUUAUUUUAUCCUUAAUAUCAUUCAGACCAUCAUUCACGUGUGUGUGUGUGUGUGUGUGUGUGUGUGUGUAUAUAUAUAUAUGUAUGUAUGUAUAUAUAUGUGUGUGUGUGUAUAUAUAUAUAUAUUAAUAUUAAAAUCAUGGCUGAUGCAUAAUUCUAGAUCUAUGGGGGUUGAUAAAAAUAGCUUUACCCUCUCAAUUGGAUGGAAACAUGUUGCUUUUUUUGGCCUUUAUCAUCCUUCUAAUAGGGAGUAAGAUAAAUGGUAUCGAUUUGUACUAUGAAUACCCCAGUAACUCUAAUUCCCAUUUAUUUUCUUUACAGGGAAAGUUGAAUUGCAUGGCAAAGUUAUAGAAGUUGAACAUUCAGUACCUAAAAGACAGAGGUAAUUUUAUUUUUUUCCUUCAAAUCGGUGGGUGUUAAGGUGUGUUUUAAGAUUUAUAGUUUUACUACACUUGUUUAUAUUUAACUUUUUUUUUUUCAAAUCUAUAUGCAAAUUGGGUUCUUAAUUUCCUUGAUUGAGAGUAAACCCCUUAUUUGGGCAUGUGUUAAUGCAUUAACAUUUAGAAUUUUUCCUUGGCAUUUUCAUCCUCUUGUCUGACUGUUGGGAUUGUAUGUUUUGGUAAUAAAUACAAAUCUUUAUUAUCUGUCCCAGGUUAUUCUUUAACUUGAUAAAUAUGGAGUAAUAUUAUUUUGGUAACUUUUCUUAGAUUUCUUGGAUUGAACUUUAACCCACAAGGGCCUGCAAUCCAAACACGUGACUGACUCCAUAUUUUUCCUGUGUGCUUUUUAAAUGUAUAUUUUAUCAGCUUUCUUCUAUAGUACACAUCUUUAGUGUGCUUGCAUGUUAUUAUACACACAGUGUUGUGUAUUUGUCUUAUAUUUGCUCCUCUUAUUCUCUAUCCAGAUAGUUUACUGUAAAUUAAUAAAUACUUGUUUUAACAUGCAAAUGUUUAUUUUUUUAAACUUAAAAAAAAUGCAUUACAGAAGCUGCUAAGUAUUUUUUUUUUUUUCUCCCCUCCCUGCUCUUACUCUAUGCCCCCAUGCUGUGGAAGUUGUUUUCCUAUGGCCUAGCUUUUCUGUAGGCUGGGCCUCACUUGUAACUUGCUGCCAUUUUGAGGCCCAACUGGGAUACUAUUGAUUGUAACUCUACAUGCCUCUUUUGAAUUACUCCAUUGGUAGAUCCUCUCACGAUAUCAGAAGCAAGAGCUAAAUAUUGUGGGAAGUAAAAAGUAAAAUAUGGCCCUCAAAGUAAACAAAUAAAAUAUUUUUAUAUAUAUAUAUAUAUAAAAUUUAAGAAAAUGAAAAGCUUUUAAUUUUUAUAUUUCCUAAAACAUAUGUAGAAACUCAUUUGUUGUUUUACAAUUUAGCUAUGUUUUGUAUGGUUGCAAUAUCUUGUCUGUAUAUUGCUUACAGUUUGCAAUGUUACUUUUAUUUUAUCAUUCCCACCCCCCCGCCCCCCCAACACCAUUUAAAAAAUAAAUAAAAUAAAAAAUGGUUUAAAUGUUUUAUAUAUAUAUUAUUAUUUUUUUUUUUUUUAAACAUUCCCCGCCUCCCCCCACAUAUGUUUGAUGCUUAGUGUAUGGAUGUCUUUGAUCCUAAAUUUAUAUAUUAUUUUUUUUGGUCCCUUUUUGUCCCCUUUAUAUAAAAUGUACUAGCAUUUAUACCAAAUUAAGUUAAAUAGCAAAGUGUUUAAUGAACUUGUAUACAGAUGACCAAGGACACUUAAUAUAUUUUUGUGUGUAUGUGUAUUACAAUAUUAAACUAUAGGUAAACUUUGAGGUAGUGAGAUUGUUUUUGUUUAUUUCAAAGGAGUUUUCUUCCUCUCCCUAAAAAUGUUGGAGGGGGCAAAUUAAUUGUUUUGUUCUUUGCCUGCUUUAUCUACACACUAAACGUGUACUGAAUGGGUUAAUUAAUGUGUGGGUGGUAGGAAAAGUAUUUGUAAGGUAAAUGUAUAUACCCAGUUAAAGCACACCCACCCACCCUGCUGUUUUGUUGAAAAAAAAUAAAUCCAGCGGGCCACGGCAGGCUUUUCUGUUCUAUAUUUCCCCCUCCCCCUCAAAUGUGCAGUUUUUAUUCUGGUUUUGGGUGACCCUCAUCGUUUAGCUGCUAAUAGAGGACCAUGAUUUGAUUAAAGUAAUGAAUUAAAAGUUUUGGUCCCAUUUUACCACCUCCCACCAUUAUAUGCAAUAAGGACUAAAUAAAUAACAUACUUGCAUAAUGUGUUUUUGUAAAUGCAUAUAUAUCCCCUCCUACAACACCCUCAUCACUUUAAUUCUUGCAGAAACCAUUCAGGCAGUGCAUUAUGGGUUCAGAGAAGGGGGUUGGGGGGUUGGGAAUGUACAAUCUAUAUCCUUUCAUGUAAGGGAGGGUCAAAAGGUGGUGUCAGUUAGGGUUGCCAUAAAGUUGCUGCUGCAUUCUGAUAGCCAAUCAUUGCAAACUGUGCUUGAUUUGUUAUGCAAAGUAAAAUUCUUAGGCCAAGUAGUCACUGUUUUCCAAACCAUGUUGGGACUUCUAGAGAUCUAAGAUGGACACUCCCACAGUGCUGGGAUGACCUUUAUACCUGCUGUGAAAGACAGGAUGGGAAUAUAGGGAUGCAGGAGACUUAGUGAAGCAUUAAAAGAAGCUGUAGGAAAGAAAUAUUGGUCUGGCCAGGGCUUUCCUGAUACUAGGAGAGGCAUAGUGUCUGCCUGGGGGAGGGUAGAGUAGUGGAACAGGACUUGAAGCCUACUGUUGGCUCAUGGUUACCAUAUAGAAGUCUCUAGAGAUUAUCAUAGGAAUGCAGUAGUGGUUUUUUUUUGUGUGUGUGUUUUUUCUUCUCCUCUCUAGCUGUGUUGUCCUUAAUGAAUUCUAGAUGGCGAUUUUAAAAUUCUAUACAAUUUAUUAUAUUUAUCUUCUACUUAAAGCAAUAUUUUUGUAAUGAAAUCUGCAAAUUUUCUAGAAGUAACCCGUUGAAAUGUUUUGUGUAGUUACACAAAACCACAAGUUACAAGAACAAAAUAUGUCCUCUCAGAAUUUUGGCAUUGAUAAACCUAAAAAAGUGUAUUCAUAUCCUGUAAAUUUAAAGGAUGUUUCUUGUCCUAAUCAGCUACAAAGUUUAACAAUUCACACAGCAACAUAUUUUAUCAUAAACAGUAAAAUUUUGUGUUCUAAAUCUUUUAGCUAAUGUGACUUUUUUUUUUUUUAUAUUUGACUGGGCAAUUUUUAUUUAUUUAUUUUUUUCUCUUACAAGCACUGCAAAAUUUACUGUACAUUUUCACAAGAAAGUUCUAUUUAUUAACCAUUUCAAUAUUGUACAGCUUUGAAAUGUCUAUUGCCUAAUUUUAUUCUUGUUGAACUCAUCCCAUACCUACAAGUGAAAGAAUCAUCCAGUUUGCUUCCUGCAUACUAAAUAUAUAUUUGCCUGUGACACCACAUACUUACACGCUAGAGGGAUCUCCCAACUAGAUUCAAAGCCCACAUAAUUGAAUUUUGAAAUACAUUCCCGCCCCCAGGCAAAAAUUAGAUGCUUAUAUAUUAUUUGUUUAUAUUCACCUUUUACCAUGCCAAGGCUGUCAAUCUUUAAAAAAUAAUGUCCCAACACUUUUCUAGUAUUCCAAAUAUGUCUGGUCAUAUAUGCAUUCUGCACAUGUAAAAAAAAAAAAAAUUAGGAAAACAAUUCUGUACUUUGGUUACUAAUUACCUAUUUAUCAAAACGUUUUGGUUGGACUUAGUGCAAUUGUUUGCAUCCUAGUACUGUUGGUGUUCCUAGUGGUGUAGUUGCGUAGGGCACCAAAGUAAACUGAGGGUAACCAUGUUAUUCUCCAUUUGGUGUAAAAAAAAAUAAAAUAAAAAAAAAAGCGGAUCGGUUAAACAUUCUUUCUUUACCACCUUGUGUAUUAAUUUUUGCUUACUUGUGCAAGCUGGAUCGAUUUGGAACCCUCCCACGAUUGAGAUACAUUCCAGUUUACUGACCACUAGCAGAAAAAAAAAAAAUGUUAGACUUCUUUCCACUAUUGUCCCCCCAAAACAUUUUCCUCCUCUCACCUCUUAUGGUCUUGCCAUAAUAUGAGUUGUAACAAGGUUGAUCUACAAAUAAACCAGUUUUCUAAGUGCUGGUGUAGUUUGAUCUGUGCCACAUGCCACUCAGAAUUAUUGCCGUUUAUCUCUGCAGUAAUUUAACAAAACCACUGACAUUAAAAACAAGUACUUAUGUCUUUAUCAUACUAGUCUGAGUAAUUGCAUUAUUUGCGUGGCCUUACUUAAACAUGCAGGAAGCUGUUCUGUGUUGCAUUCUUCUUACUGAUUUGCAGGGUUUACCAUAUCUCUUAUAACCUUAAAGGGACACUCCAGGGACCCAGACCACUUCUGCCCAUUGGAGUGGUCUGGGUGCCAACUCCCAUCAUCCUUACCCCUGCAAGGUAAUUAUUGCAGUUUAUAAAAACUGCAAUAAUUACCUUGCAGGGGUAAGUCCUCCUCUAUUGACUAUCAGACCGUCACUAGAAGGAUUUCUGACUUCUUAAAACAGUGUUUUAAAUUGUUGGACGUCAUCACGCUAUGCAUUGAUGCGUAUUAGGUCUCCUCUCCUGGCUGACGUCGGUAGGGGAGAAGCGUGGGCGGAGCCUGACCCAGCGCCGAGGGAAAUGCACUAUCUAAUGACUGGAGAUCGGUCCAGUCACAUACAUGUUAGUGUGUAAUCUAUGUAUCUAUUUUUUUUUUUUUUUUUUAUAGAAAAUAGAUAAUACGUUGAUCUUGAGGAAGACCCGAACGGGUCAAAACGUUGAUCGGAUUAUUGUAAACUUGUGAUUAGUGAUUUCGCGAACGGUUUGCGACAUCUCUCCUUGUGAUGUAUUAAAUACCACUAUGUAUGUAUGUAUUCAAAUUUUUUUUUUUUUUUUUUUAAGAGUUGAGGUAGAUUCUGUAUUGGUGCCCAAUAGAGCAUAAGAAAUUUUAAAAUAUAACCCUGUUUGACAUGCAGCUAAGAUGGAAGAAACCAGUCUUUUAACCAAUCAUACAGAGUUAUUUUUAUGUUGUCAUUCAUUAAAUGUUAACUUGCUUUAGAUGUUAUCUCCUGCUCUGUAAAUUGACUUUGCAAACAGGAGGCUCCUGCAGGGUCUAGUAGGCUAUUAACAGAUAGUGAGAGAAGAAAUUCUUAACCCAUUGUACAGCGCUACGGAAUCUGAUGGCGCUACAUAAAUAACGAAACAGAAUGUGCAAUAAAGGAAGUGUAAACAUUAGAUCACUCUUUACAGGAAGCACUUAAUAAGGCUGUGUAAGUUAUGUUCUGAGAGGUGUGGCUAGGGCUGCAUAUAGAAAGUGAUUUAACUCCUGAAUGAGAACUGAGCAGUGAGACUGCAGGGACAUGGUCUGUACACCAAAGCCACUCCAUUAACCAAAAGUUGUGGAGCAAAUAUAGUGGCCCUUUAAUGAUUAUAAUCUCAUCCCUGAUCAAUUACCUUUUUAUUUUUCUGCUUGUAUUGGAUCUUGAUAUCUUGAUCUUGUGGCUAUUUUUUAAAUUAUUUAUUUAUUUAUUUUUUAUUCUCCCCUCUCUGUUUUCCCUAAUGUGGGAUUCAUUUUGCUGAUGGGUGGUGGGUACAAUUAAAUGGUAACUAAAACAAAUCUUGCUUAAAGGGUUACUCCAAGUAAUAUGACCACUUCAAUGAUUUGAAGUGGUCAUGGUGCCAUAGAGAGAUUAACCACUGUGCUGUUGGAGGUGUAAAUCCAACUCUGGGUUGCCAUUAACCAGCCACUAGAUAUCUAGGCUAGCUAAUAUCCGUUCUGUGCUCCUUUUGUUGCACACAAUGAGUCAUUGACGGAGUGCAGUCAGAGGACGCUCUGUCAAUGAAUGCCAACCCCCAAGGCUUCUGCAGCUCUGCAGAAGUAUGUCACUGGACCACCAGGGAGCAUUGGAGCCUGUUGCUGGAUAUUUUGCAGCAUUAGUGUGGAACCAGUACAGGGUACUCCUCACAUCAUAACCACUACAGUGUGCUAUGCUGGUUGUGAUUCUUGGAAUAAGCCUUUAAGCGCUGCGCAUUGUUUGGUCAACUAUACUGCUAUAACCAAGUAAAAGUAGUUCCUACCAUACCUUUUAUGUAUUUUGUGAAUGGAAAAAUAGAAAUAUAGAUAUUACGUUAAUUGGUAUUGUUACUGUAUUGUAAUUUACACUUUGUCCAAGCGAAAGCACAUUUUAUGCCCAGAUAAAUAGUAUGGCAGCCUAAUUCUGUGCACUUCUAUAUUGUAAGCUCUUGUGAGUAGUGUCCUAUUGGUCCUGCUGCAUUUUGUAAUUGUCUCACUUUUAUAUAUUUUUCCUCUUUAUAAUAUUGUAAAGUGAUGCGAUCUAAGUUGGGAACUAUAUAAAUACAAAUUUUACUGUAUAUUGCAUAUUAUAAAUACCUGAAUCCACCUUCCCCCAAAUAUCCCUAUCUGCGCAUACACAUUCCAUAUUCAGUAGGACAUUAUAUUGUCUGCAGAUUGUUGAAUUGCAACUCCAUCCCUACAUCCUGAUGUAAUGGCUACAGUGCCAUUGGGCCCAUUGCACCAUCCUCCUGUUCAUUAUUAAACUAUUGUUGAGCUUUUUGACCAAAUCCAAUAGUCACCCAGAGUUUGCCUGCCUCCUGCUAAUGUAGAAAUUCCACUUCAGUGUUGGCAAAUCUCAAUUUCAUCUAUAUUGAUCUCAUUUACAGGCAGAGCUGCUCUGUGGAAACAUGGUUAGGGUGCUUAGACUACUCUUCUUAAAUACGCUUUACUAUAGUUUGACCCAUUGUAACAAAAAUCCUUUUCUCUUUUUUUUUUUUUUAAAUAUUCUGCCAUUUUAGCAAUCUGUUUUUACCUUGGUAAUUUCUUGCAUGGCAAAGAAUGAGUUUUUUUUUUUUUUUUUUUUUUUUUUCUUUGAGGUUGUGUAAAAUGCACCUUAAACUUCCUAACCCUGUAUAAGGUCCUAGUCACUGGUUAGGUGACUUACUCUCUAAAGGGUAAAUAGCCAUUUUAGUUCUGUCAAAUCAUGCAACACUUCUCCCUCCAUAUUUGCCACACCUCCUUGACUGAGAAAAUCAAUCUUGUUCCGUCAAGCCAAUGCUUUCCCUUAGAAAAGCAUUGGGUGGCUUGUGCGCAUUUGAUUAAAAGUUUUUUACUCCGUUUCACUUGGAAGCGCCUCUAGUGGCUGAGUAGCAGCCAGUAGAGGCAUUUAAACCCUGCACUGUAAGCAUUGCUGUUCUGCAAAGAAAUGUUUUUUUUUUUUGUUUUUUUUAUUUGGUACUCGAUUGCAAAAUCCAAGACCAAAAAAAUUUAAAUAAAAUCUCUGACCCUCUGCUGUUUGUUUUUAUCCAAAAAAACAUUUUUGUUUACCGAAGUAUUGCUUCUUUGUAACUACUUUUUUUUUUUUAAAUAAUAAACUCGUGAAUGAAAAAAAUCUCUUAACUGUAUUUGCAACCUGGUUUAGGGAAUAUUCAGUAUUGUGUAAAAAUUUGUUAAAAAAAAUAUAUUUUGCUUACUAUCAAGAAACAUCUGUUUGUUGUGAGAGAUUGCAAUCUUUUUCUGUAUUCAUAUGCAAUACAUGGAGUGAGGAAUUUUACAGGGGUGACUUUUUUUCCCCCUGUUUGGUAUCCAGAGCUGCAUGUCCCGCGCACCCGGCAAUAUACGUUUUAAAUAUCUUACAGUUAUAGUGUAGUUCUUGCCCAGAGCUGUUUUAAAAGGAUACUAGUGUUCAAAUAAUAAUGGGAAAUACAUACACCAUUUUGAUAAUUGGAUAAAAAAGAUUAAAAAACGUUCUCAAUAAAUACUUAUCCUCUUUAUCAUAUCAGAUAACAUAGUUUUUUCUUCAAACAAUUAUCCUUUUGUCAAAUAUAUAGACUCCAACCAAUAACUUAUGAAUGAUUAUGUUUAAGUAUGUCUUGUUACGUGUUAAUUAAUUGCAACUUUUUUUAUGUUAACGGUAAUCAAGUAAUUCUAUGUAUUUGUGAAUGUAAAAAAUAUUUCAUUAAAGAGAAAUUUAAAUAUAAAAACCUCGCAGUUAGUCUAGUUUUAUUCUUGCCCAGAGCUGUUUUAAAAGGAUACUAGGCUUCGGAAUACAAAUCUGAAUGCAUGUAAAGGGGUCAAACCCGAUUCCAGUGCCAAUCUGCCUCCUUAGACGUUAUAUUACGGAGAGGCCUAAUGCGCAUUGUUUCAGUGCUUUCCUAUGGUGAUAUCACUGACACUGGAUGUCCUCAUGCAGAGUGUGAGGUCACCCAGCAUCCAUUAGAGGACGGCUGGGGUCCGGUAGCAUCCAGGAAGUGCCUCUUGUGGCUGGCUGAUAGCUACCAGUGGUAGUUUUAGUCCUACAAGGUAAUUAUAGCAGUUUCUCUAAAACUGAAAUGUUCUACAUUGUAGAACUAACUGUGACCGUAACACUGCACCCAGAAUACUUCAAUAAGAUAAAGUGGCCUGGAUGACCAUAGUGUCCUUUUAAACAUUAAAACUUGAGGGGUCUUAUUAGUAGUUUACAUGGCAUGCUUAAAGGGACACUAUAGUCACCCAGACCACUUCAGCUCAAUGAAGUGGUCUGGGUGUCUGGGACCUGAGAAACUGCUAUGUUUACAUCUGGGGUUAAGCCAGCCUCUAUUGUCUGUCUUCCGGACAGCCACUAGCGGUGCAUCGGCAAUGAUUGAGGCAUAGUAUGCCUCAAUCACGCAGAGCGACCAUAGGAAAGCAAUGGAAAAUGCAUUCGGUGACAUCAGACAAGGAUGCUGACGUCGGUGGGGGAGGAGAUGUAAGGGAGCCCGGUGGUGGAAAAGGGUGAAUACCUGAAGGGGUUUUAACCCUUCAGCGCCGCGGGAGGGGGACCCUGAGGGUGGGGGCACCCUGAGGGUACUAUAGUGUCAGGAAAACCAAGCGGUUUUCCUGACACUAUAGUGUCCCUUUAACUUGUGAUCAGACUAUGCAUGAAAUAGACCAAACUACAUUCUUGAUAAGAAAAAAAUAAAAUAAACACCCUCAUCGAAUCAUUUUAAUGGGUUUGAGUGUUACAUUUUCAGUAUGUGGUGGUAAAGGUUCUUUCAGUUAUUCAUAAGGUCUGGGUUGUCUGUUUUGAUUUUAUGUUCAGAAAGAAUGUUUACCAAAAUCACUGUUUAAAUUUGUCGGUGCUACUGCACCUGUACUCAAUGUACAAUUUAAAACAUAGCCGAUUCAGGGCUCUUGUUGCUCUAUGACAGAUACUAGUGGCAUACCUUUUUUUAUUAAGACUUUAGAAAAUCAAUGUUCUAAAUAUUUUGUGUUGCUAUGCACAGCAGAAUGAAGCUGGACACUGCUAAUGCAUUUUUUCUUUCUUUUCUGAGGGGCAUCACUUUGACAGUAGGGCAAUUGGUGUGCAUGCAUCCUGUGUACCCUGAUGCUUCUGAAAUAUGAAAAUAUACAGAAAGCCUACUGCAUUCCUAAGCUGAGCUUGAUGCAGUUGUAUAAAAUAUUAAAAAAUUAUGGCACAUUUGAGAUGACAUACACAAAACAUCUUGUACCUACCUUUUUGAUAUAUAAAACAGACUUUAGUCAUGUUUUGUUCAGUAAAGCCUUGUUCACAUCCCAAGCAUUCUUGCCUUCCUUUCAAGAUCGUAUCCAACGGAGUAUGUCAUUCACUCAGCUAAAUUUGAUAAAACUUGACCGCUUCAUGACUAAGUGUGCUGCUUUGUCAGCUGUUCUAUGCAAAACUUUUGGCAAACUUACAAUAGGGGAUUUAUAAAAGUAAUGCUUAGACAGAGUGGGACAGAAUUCUUAAAACUUCUGUUUUUAAACCAGUGGAUUUAGAGCUGGUGGUGGUUGUUUGUGUAUUUUUUUUUUUUUUUUUUAAUUUGUUACAUUUAUACCUUUUGGGUAUUUGAAUCUGGUAGAUUUGCAAAGGGUCAAUGUGGUUUUCUCCAGCAUGGUAGUUUUUGGGAAAUGACCUGUCAAAUUAAUCUUGAAUUUAUACCAUUGAAUAAAACACUGAAAAUCUCCUAUAACUUAGGUAAAGAAUUUCACGAGAUGCUUUUUCUUUUCAGUUUAGACUUUAAAGUUUUGGCAAGUCAUUCAGUUCAGACAUGGCAAACGUUGCAAAUGAUGAUGCAUCCAAACACUUUCAUUCUCCUCUUGUCUGUAUGUGGACAGAAGUGCGUAGGACAGAGCGUAUAAUAACGUUUGACAGAGCUGCAGGGUAGAGGCAUAGAUAUCUUCCUUUAAAGGAGCACUAUAGAAUUAGGAAUAUGACAUUUUAUUCCCAACACUUUAGUAUGCUCCUCCCCCACGGUCACGAGUGCGUUAAAAACCCCUUUCACUUACCAUUCCCGUGCCAUGGUCUUUGGGGCUGGAUCUCCACCCCUGCAAGGCCAUGAUAAUGGGGGACCCGUAUGUGCCUCAUGUGCAUUAGAGCAUCUACAUGGUUAAGGGGGCGGGGCACUGCACUCAGACCACUUCAAGAAGAUGGUGGUCUGGGUGCCUAUAAUGUCCCUUUAACAUGUAGUGUUUUAUUUAUUUUUCCCUCACAAGUACAUAUUUCUUAAAUAUUAACAGAGCAGAUGUUUAGAAAUUCUAAUUUAAACAGUCUUUGCAAUAAAGGAAGUUUUAUAAAUCAGAGCUUUCUUAACAGGAUAUGUGUAGGGAGACUAUGAUUUACAUGCAGUGGAGGUGUGGUUAGGUCUGCAUGAUAAACUCCUAAAUGGUAGAAUAUUGAGCCGUUAGAAUGCAGGGGCAUGGUCAAAACCACUCCAUUAAGCUAAAGUUGUUUUAGUACUUAGUGUGUCUUUUAACAAGACUAAGCCACAUCAGGAUUCCAGUGGUCUGUAAGAAAUAUCUACUGUUAAACAUGAAGCACAACUUUUGUGUAUAUAAUUACUGAAAUACAAUUUAAUUCUAAAAUGAAUAACUGUUAUUAGUAUUUGUUUUGAUAUGAUAACCUAUGGUGUUUUCAAAAUGACCAUUCCAGAUUUUGUGGACUACAUCUCCCCUGAUCCCUUGCCAGCAUUAUGGGAGAUGUAGUCCACAAUGUCUGGAGGGCCAAAAGUUGCCUACUCCUGUUCUAGACCCCUUCUCCCUUCUAUCAAACAUUCUGUAUAGUCUUCAGAUUUCUGGAGAAUAUGUUCUCACCAGUCUCUCCAAAAUGGCCAAGCACCUUCAGUGAGGCUUGAUGGUAGGAAGGGGUGACAUGUUUUGCAACAAAAGUGAACCCUUCUCAAAAAGAUAUUUUGCUGCUGGGCUCACAAAGGGUUAAACUGCAAGCAGUAUUUGCAGCUCCCUUGUAUGUACAUACACGUUAAUGAUUAACCCAGUAAUGUAGUUCUAGAAUGGGUACUGUGCACCCUUGCAUGUUUUGUGCAAAAGUGAGUGUUACCUUCUAUAACUUUACCAAAUUCAGUGCUGCAACAAGAAAAUUGUAUGUUUUUAAGGUUGCAUAAUUCUAAACUGAAAGUGAAAGUGUAUGUUGUGUAUUGCUGAAUCCUUAUAGCUGGUAAACGUUAUGGGGCCAUGGAACAAAUCACCAUGACUACUGCAGAGCAACGUAACACAUGGCAAAUGAGAAGGUUACUAAUAUAUUCUGUCAUCUAAGCUAGAAAUGUAGCUUUUGUUAGCUUCACUAUUAAAGUGUAUGUUAGACCUAGGGAAAGCAGUGGCACUGUUAAUUUACUACUUUUGGGCUGGGGUCAUAUAGGUGCCUGUUGAAAAUAUGGGAAAGCAGGUUCAGGAACAACCCAGAAUGGGGGUAGUGCUUUUAGUUUAAACAUGUAUUUGUACAAACUUGUAGCCAAACUUUUGUUUCCUCGUGUGAAUUUAUACUCUAGUCUAUACACUUUUUAGAGGGAUAUAGCCAUAUGUAUAGUGUUUAAAAUACAUAUCUGCAAAACACCAAACCUAAACCUUUAACAUAUUUGGCUGCUUGCAUAUAGCUUGUUUAAACGUAUCGGUCAUUUCACUUUAUAAAAAGCCAAAUUUUAUCGGAGUAUCUUGUGGCAAACACCUCUGUCAACCAUGUGUAUAAUGCAUUUAUGUACACAACCUCUGCUUGCACUUCACAAAACAAACAUAAUUAAAAUUUAGCUCUAGAUGAAAACUUACAACUUUAUUGAUAUAAAAAUGUAUUGUAAUCAUUUAUACAGUUUGAGUACUUUGUAUGAGUUAAGAGAGAAGUACUUUCACCCCGAGCAGUCUCACUUGAUGGGACAGUAAAGUUUCCCAUACCUACAUUUCCUAAAGGUAGGCAUUGUUAUGUUGUUUGCUAAAGUGUUUUGGAAUAUAUUGACUUUAUUAAGCCACAUGUUAUAAUUGAAUACCCUGCAUUGAGAUAGAUAGAUAUAUUCUCACACACAAUAUUAUUUGAAUGUACACUUUCAUUAUGCUUCAGUUUUGUUAUGUUAAAAUUAAAUUGCAACCAAAUACCCUUCAUCCAGUUGUUUGUUCCACUGAUAACAAUUUAAAAGCCCCCUUAAAACUCAAGUAACCCUAAGUUUAUCUAAACCGCAAUCUUAACACUAGAAGAGUUUCCUGACUUUAAAAUCUCCCACAAUAAAUUGUCAUGAAUUUCACAUUUGAGGGCUGAGCUGCGAAUGUAAAAAUACAGUUGCUUUGAUUUCCUUACGAGUCACACAUUUUAUUUAAAGGGGUUUUUUGUUUGUGUUUUUUUCCCCCUUCUCUCUUACCCUUUUCUCUCUCCUAGCUGGUUCUCCUUUUGACUCUUGUACCCUUUUUCACACUUGGCUAAUUCUGAAAAGGCAGUAGCAGACAUACUUUGUGACCUGUUAUAAUGCUACCUCCCCUAUUACAGUAGCUACACAAGGCUAUCUGCCCUUUGUAUUUGUCUGUGUAAGUUGUCUUGACUCCUUGAGGGCCAUGGCACAUUGGCAAGAGGACAAGACCUUUCUUAUGCUAAACAACUUAACAGUACAUACAACACAAAUAGUCAGCCGUCCACAUAAUGUGUGUUGAUUUGUUUGAAACAUUCUUUUUGUGUAUAUUUGCACUUUUUGUAUGCCCUCCCAUUUAAAACCCCCUUCUGUUUUGACUGUGGAACCCUAUGAAAUACCAGUAUUUAAAAAAAAAAAACAAAAAAAAAACAAAACAUUUUUUUGCGUGCAAAGGGGCAUAUUUUUAAUCUUCUGCAGUUUGUUUCAUCAUAGUUUACCAGAGGUUUCAUUUUAUUCCUGAACAAAGCUUGUGUUCUGUUUCUGUUAAUAAGAGGAUUGUUUAAUUGGUGGGAGUAAAGUGUGGUCUACUUAAGUUGCAAAACUAUGGAUCUGAAAUAAUUUUCCGUUAAUGACUUUGUGCAAAGGCAAAGAAAUAUUUUUUGUGAAUUGAUAUAACUUGCAUUUCUUUUUUAAAGGACAACGUGUAUAUAGGUCAUAACUGGACUAUUUUCAGAGUACUCUUGUCACUCCACCUCCCCCUUCCCUUGUCGACACAUACUGGAAUGUUUACUAUGUUGACGUAAUACAUCAGCUCUUACAAUUUUUGUGAAGUUUGGUGUUGUGUGUUUGUGUGGUAUGAAAUGACAAUGUUUGUUUUUUGUGCCUGAACUUCUAUAUCAUUAUAUCUUGUGUUUUUGAUACUAUAGAUCAGUGUUAAUUUUGUCGACUUACCAUUUUAAUCAGAUUUUAGUCGACUUAACCAUUUAAGAUUUAGUCGACAAAAACAAAUCCGAUGACUAGAAAUUACACGACUAGAGGGGCAGGAAAAACUGACCCCAGAGUCAAGAGUGGACUAAAUGGGUAAUAUGGGGUUAACCCAGAAAAUCAAAAUUGAAAAAAGAAUAACAAAUUUUUAUUUGAAAAAAGGAGGUCCCAAGUCAACAGACUAUGGGUUACGAUUCUCAAAGGUUAAUUACCCACAGAUAACAUGUAUAACCCACUAUAAUUGGUAAGAAACAAAUAUUAAAUAUGCCCUUUAUAUAUUAAUAAAGUUUAUAUCUACAGAAAAGUGAAAGGGGAAAAAAAGGCUGUGAAAAACACAAAGGUGACUUGUGAAAAGUGUAAUAUUAAAAAGGAGAAACCCAGUGGGUCUGCCACUUGGCUUGUAUAUAUCAAUCACAGCAAGUGUGAGAAAAUAUACUAAUUCUUGAUCAACCCAAGUAAAAAGAUAGUAUCAAGAAAGACAGCUGUUUAGUAAUAAAAUGUCACAAGUCACUUUGGUGUUUUUCACUUUGCCUUUUUUUUCUUUUUCGCGAUUAAGUAGAAAUGCCCUAAAAAUACUAAUAAAGUCUAUAUUUAAAUUUUUUUUGUUUCUUACCAGUUGUCGUGGGUUAUACAUGUUAUAUGUGGGUAAUGUAAUCUAUAUUUAUUUUUUUGAGAAUCGUUACUCAGUCUCUACUUGACCUCCUUUUUUCAAAUUAAAUGUAAAAAAAGGUUUACAAUUUUUUUUUUUUUUAAAUGACUAAAAUGGCGCUUUAGUCAAGACUAUGACUAAAAUUAAAUUGAAACUUGCCUCCAAAACCAACACCACUAUAGAUGGUAAGAACCCUCUGCCUUUGAUCCAACUAGUUAAUGCUUAUCUAUUUAAUAAAUAAAUAUAUAUAUAUAUAUAUAUAUAUAUAUAUAUAUAUAUAUAUAUAUAUAUAUAUAUAAAUUUGUCUUUUUAUUUGCCGCUGGGCGAUGGUUUUGUUAUAAGCCUUUGAACUAUCAGGUUAUCAUUAUAACAUUUUUAGACCAAUUCUUACAUUCAAGUGCCAUGCAUGACAAUUUUGUUUAAAGAAUACUCAUAACCAGUGUAGAAGUAACUUAGGAGAUUGUGCACCAAGCUGGAAAAUGUUGGAGAGUUGGCAAGGGGAUUGCCAAUUGAAAGGCAAAUGUUCCCUCAAUUUGGCUAUUGUGGCAUGUGCGCAAUUAUUUUAAAUAAUUGAAUAAACUUUAGAAUUGUCCAUUUUUCGUGGUGCAAUGUCAUUCUCACCUCCCCCCCACCAAUGACACGCUUGUAAUGAAGUAAAUUAUUUAUAGUAGAGAAAAGCAGACAUUUGGCAGAGGAAAAAGGGUCAUGAAUUUCACAUUUGAGGGCGAUGUCAUUCCACAUAUAUAAAGAUGACCGGUGAACCUAUGGCUUGCACAGUGGCCUAAAUGAUGUAUAGAGUGCCCUGAUGCAAGAAUUUAGUUUAGUAGAUCUCCAUCUGUUGUACAACUCCCACAAUACUUUGCCAGCUGUUGAUCUACCAUUUGCCUAUCCUUGCAGGGUUGUAUUUAGCACUGAGCAGUGUUAGUGUUUUAUAUAAUGUUUUAUAGAUCUUUCAUUGUUAAAUAUUCUGAUAAUAUUGAUUAAUUCAGAGAAUAUGAUUUAUUUUUGUGGGGUGUAGUUUAAAUAUGUAUAUGUCAUAUGCCACUAAGGGUGGGUUUCUGCUUACCAUUGGCUAGUAAAGUGGACAUUUUGAGUAUGUUGGGAUACCCUAGGAAACGUUUGGCUUUUUCUUAAUUUUCAAAUUGUAGACUGAGUUGACCCUCUUGAGAAUCAAGGCUCGUAACAUUUGGGUUUGAACGGUUACUGUGGUUUAAAUACAAGCUGCUGUUCUCAUUUGUACAAUUUUUAUUUUUAUUUUUUUUUUAAACCAUAGAUUUGUGCUAAAACAUAAUUAGUAAGGUCUGUAUUCUCUAGCAAGUUAAGUUCUAAAUACGGCCUUAGAGGAUAUAUACAUAAAAUUAAUUUGCCUUUAAAUACGGUUAUGCGGUUCAUGCAAAACAGUCUUGAAAUGUUGUACAUCAGUACUUUUAAAUGUAUAACAAAUUUUUGACUGCAAUCUCCAUUGCUUUUCUAGUAACACAGGUGAAGCAAAUAAGAUGCCUACUUGUAAAUGUACUUUUUUUACAAGUUGCCCUCUUGUUUAAGUGAGGUCUUAAUUGUGGAGGCUGCUUCCUUAACCCCGUAAGGACACAACUACAGAAUUGUCAUGUGUCCUUAAGGGGUUAAAUCUUUGGAAUCGCUUGUUACCUGUGUUCUCCAUGGUUCACAAGUAGUAGCAAAUACUACUUUAAAAAUAUAUAUUUUAUAUAUCCAUAUUGUGUAAUCUAUAUUCUAUUAGUAUGAAGAAAUGGCAUAUACGGGCUGAAAAUUAUGGGAUGUGCAGCCUUGUGUAUAAUUAAUCAGCAGACUGAUUUUCUAACCUUCAAAAAAAGCGCAUUUAUAAAUAUCAGAAUUAAAUAUCCGAACUGUUUACAUCCCACCUUUUAGCCCAUCUGUCAAAAAAUUCCUAAGAUUGCUCUGAAGCCUAAAUGUUACAAGUUUUAACAAUGAGGUUUAUAUUUUGCUAGAUUAACAUUUGGUAUACCAACUAUUUUGCAGUCUCUUCAUGUUGCCUAUAAAUAUAUUAAAAAAAAUAAAAUAAAAAAAGUUGCUUGCAAAUUGCCUGAAUUUUGUGUAUUUGUUUAGUUUGUUUCCUUGCGUGAAUGAGGAGUGUGUGUGUGUGUGUGUGGUUUAGUCUUGGAAAGGAGGUGUGACUGCACACACCCUACAAUGCAGCAGAGAGCAUGCAUGUAUGUAACAUGAAGCAAUGCAGCUAGGUUUCAGAAAUAAUAUAGCAAUUGUCAUUUGGCUUAGUGGUUAUAAACACACAUGUUUUUAUAUAUAUAUAUAUUUUUUUUUUUUUUAAUAAAGGGUGAUGAAACGAGUGCCUAUAUUUAGUCUAAAAAUAAAGUGUAGGUUAGAUAUUAAAAGCCUGCUGCUUCCAAUUUUACACUAAGGCCUAUCUUUACUUGUUCUUUCUGGCCAUGAACAAAUCAAUCUAUUGGUAGUAAAUAAAUUAUUAAAUAUAUCCUGCAGCAGGGCAUGUAGAACCCAAAAUUUAUUUUGUAUUGUUUUUGUAGAUUGUUCCUUCCGUUUCCAUAUUAUUCUAUUUUCUGUUUAACUUUGAAUCUGUUUGAUUUUGAAAAUGUGCAAUAAAUGGUGUUAAUCAAAUUUUGAUUUGAAGGCCAUGUAUUUAGCUUGUGGUGGAUGUGUGUGUCCUUCCAUUUGCUUGGAAUAGUCACUGAGCCCCUUUCAAAGCUUAGGUUCCACAAGAUGCCAUUGUGUCCCCCUUCCCCCUCUCUAAAACUACUCCUAUAUAAGAUCCACAGUCCCCUUCUGUUAUGUAGCUUGCUCUUACCUCGUUUGUGGCUUUCCCUGCUCUGCCACUUUUGCAUAACAAGGUUUGUACUGUCAAAUAUUACCAUAGACCUUGCCUAUAAACAUUUUUAGAUUUUUCCUGUCUUCUUGUAUACGUUAUGAUCUAUAGCUGUUCUAGUGACUUUAAGUAGCUUUAAAUACCUUUUGUCAAAUUAUGAUAAAUAUGUUGGUGUUUGGGGGCAGCAUGUGGCUAUUAUUAUUAUUUAUAUAGUGCCAUCAGAUUCCAUAGCACUAUACAAAGGGAUCUCGUUGACCUCACUGAAUUUGUGUGCAGUUCUGUUCUGGAAGGAUGAUAUUUUUUAGCAGCAUCCAAGAGUGGAAUAUGACAAAUACUUUUAUUGAUGAGAACACCCAUUAGCCACAGUCACCAGCCGGAUGAUGGAGAUGUGUUUGCUUAAUAACACUAGCAAAAACUCCCAGUCUGGUGAUGGCUGGUGCUUUCAUGUUUGGGCCAAGAUGGUUGUAAUAUACAGACUUUUGUAAACUGGAUUUCUUUAAGGGAGAAAAACCUUAACGUAUACUUCGGAUUUCUUUGUUUCUAUGAAUUGAAACCAAGCAUUCAAAAGGUGUGUGUGUGUGUGUGUGUGUGUGUGUGUGUGUGUGUAUAUAUAUAUAUAUAUAUAUAUAUAUAUAUAUAUAUAUAUAUAUAUAUAUAUAUAUAUAUAUAUAUAUAUAUAUAUAUAUAUAUAUAUAUAUAUAUAUAUAUACACAAAGCUUUGCAUUUAGAAAAAUGAAAUCUAUUUGUUUUGAAGCCCUAAAAGAAUAAAAGAAUUUGUAACCAUCCCUGCAAAGUUAUAGUUUGCUACAGAAUUUGAGGAAAAAUUAGCUUUCGUGGCUUUCCAGCCCCCAUUUUGCAGGCCAUGGCUGCUUUGCAUUGCUACCAAACCAUUGAUCUUAUAAAUUGGGCCCCACUGUUCCCAAGGCAACGUAAGCGGCUGCACUGCCAAAUGGGCAGGAUUAUAUAGCUCUUGGUGAUGGGGGAGGGGUGUAAAGGAAAUUCUGCAUCCUGAUGUUUAAUGUAAAGGAAGUUGACAUACACAUAAGUGUGAACGUGGGCUUGCAAAGAUCAUUGACAAAGGAUGGUGUCGUGUCCAUUUAGGAUUCAGAUGAAGGAGCAGAGAUUCAAAAGAAAUUUGCCUUGUCUAAUCUGACUACUUGCCUAAAUGUUUAGGGCUUGUUUCUACCAAGGUCUAUUGUGACUACAUUUUACUCGUACUUUUAUGCUGUGCGAAAUGUUUUUAGUAAAUCUUGUCUUUGUUUUUGUUUUUAAUUGCAUUGCAACCAAUGUUACCAUAGAUCUGGUUUUUAAAAAUGUAAAGUGGAUCUCAGGUGAGAAAUGAAGUUUGGGGUCUUACAUAGCAGGCACGGGGUUAAAUGCUUGAUUAUAGUCAAGCUUUUGUCUAUUGCACUAGGUGUUAGAUUUGUGUUUUUCCUUCAAAACCGGUAUGGUGUGCUUUCGGUGAAUGGCAAACUGUCCUCAGGACAUCCUGAAUGCUAAAAUAAGUAAAUAAAAUUUGAGUGCUGUAAUCAAACCAGUGUGGUAGGUGGUAUGCUGUAUGAAAAACCUGGCUUUACCUAUUACUCCACCAACCUUUAUAUACAUUGAUUUGAAUGGAACAUUUUAGUGGCUUUAAAUUAAAGAAUAUUUGCAUAAGCCAGAUAAAAUGAGUAUAUAUCUGUGCUCCAGGCAUUAUUGGCUUAUUGACUAAUAAUAACAAAGUAUUUAUUUAACCAAGAAAUGUACAUUCAGAUUACUCUGGUUUUCAAGUACAUCCUGCAGAUGUUACCAUAGCCCGACAUCCAGGGGAUGUUACCAAUACCCAAUUUAAUGGUACUCCUUUAAUCUACCUCUGCAGGAUGAAGGGCAGAGUCAAGCCUGCCGGGAUUCGAACCUGCAACCCAAUUGUCACUGUAGUGAGAUCCACAGCUACAUUGUCAGCAAAAACACUGCAUUAAGGAAUGGGUGGCAGUAAUUGCUAGGUCCACGUGUCUUCCUUUAUAUAUCCUUACUUUCUGCUUCUUGUUGUCCUCUAGGGAUGCACGUACUGUGCCUGAAUUAUCAAUGAUGUAACUAUGUAAUUUGAUUUGUUGUUGCCUAGUUUCUCCACUUACUGGCCAUCUACAUGUCAGAGAAACUAACCUUUGCUUCACCUCCAACAACCUGUUCUGCAGUUUACCAUGAAGGAAGGUGCUCCACGGAAUUUUUGUACAUGUGCAAAUAAACUUUCCAAUCAUCCUCCCCUUCCCCCUCACCCUGUAUACUUGUGUAAAGUGGGCAGGAGUUUCAGCAGGGAGGAUAAUUCUUUAUCGUUCACUCCCUCCCUUAAUUAAACAAAAUUGUGUGGUUGGGGUAGAAACCUUUUUAUACUCUCCUGUCUUCCAACCCUGGGACACUCAGCAGCAGAUGCCCUACCUCUUCUGAGGUUAUUAUUGGUAUUUAUAUGGUGCCAACUAAUUCCGCAGCGCUUUACAAUAUUUACGUUAUCAAUGCUUCUGUCUCUGCCCUAUACUUAUCAUAGAAAAGCAUUAAGGACCUAUGGUGCGUGCUCUGCCAACUGGAUGCUUCUUGUAGAGAGUAAUUAAAUCCAGUAUUUCUAUAGAAUCACUAACUUCUUUCAGCAUUGUGCCGCUGUUUGAAGACAUUCAAAAGCUUAACAGGAAAGGAUCUAAAAUAGGAAUAGUCACAAAUCUACACCAACUGCUGCAUAUUCCAAGUCCUAACACUCUUUACUCUACACGUUCUAAACCCAUGGAACACUUGGUUUAGACAAAAUCUUUGUCUUUUGGUCACUGCUUUUGGGAGUGGAGGGGGACUUUUUUUAGUUCACGGGUAGGUUAACCUUCAGCACUCCAGAUUCGGUGGCCUAUCUUCCCUGGCACUUUACCUGCAUUAUGGGAUAUGUAGUCCAAAACAUCUGGAGUGUCAAAGGUUGCUUAACCCUGUUUUUAUUUUAUUUUUAUAAAAAUUUUUUUUGUUUCUAAAGACUUAAUGAAGACCCUAAUUAGUGGUAGGGAAGUUCAGGGAUUUAUGUGGAGGAUCUGUGGUCAGUCUGGAGAAAUAUCAGGAUAAAUGCGGUCCAUUUAGGCUGGGGGGAGGAAGGGAGUUGCCUUAGUAAUCAAAAUAGCUCAUCUGUUUGACAGAUGGUUAACCUUGACAACUUGGAGGUGAGCUUGGGGACAAAGGCAAGAUUUAAGUGAUGUGACAAUAGAUCACUUGUCUUCUUCCAGACCAGGCUCUUGAUGAGUCUUCACUAAAUCUUGUAGGGUGAUGGACUUUGCUUAUACCAUUUACCACAGGGCUUGACAAAUCCCUGGUCGCCAUGGCGACUAGAAAUUUUGCUCUGGCGACUGGGAUUUGACAGCUCUUUAAUUAGGGAGUUUUGAAGGUGGCCACCGCGGGAAAUAUGGGAUCAGACUACCCUGGGAAGCGUGGAGUCGGCCGCCCGCCCACGGCAGCAUUGUUGGCGGCACGCGAGGGAACAGUACUCUUAUUGCAGCUCCUCUCUGAUCCCUUGUGCUGUUUAAUGAUGCCGGGAGCCGGAAUAUGACGUCAUUCUGGCCCCGGCAUCACUACAGAGCGUGAUGGAGCAGAGAGGAGCUGCAGGCAGACUACUGCUUCCUCGCACCCAGGAAGAUAACAGCUCUACUGAACCGCAGGGAAAGACCCACUCAAUUCUCCCAAAGGUAGGGAGGCUGAGUGGGUUUAAAUAAAAUAAAAACAAAUAAGUAUGUCAGCCUGUCAGUGUUUGUGUGUGUGUAAGCCUGUCAGUGUUUGUUGCGCGGUUUGGUACCUCCCCCCUCCGAUUGCAUUAGAGCAAUGUGAUUUUUCUUUUUAAAAAUUUGUAAAAAAUUUUUAACACGUCGUUCCAGUUUUGUUGCGUCUGGUCCCACCUCCACCCAUCAAUCUUUGAUUAGUGUAUGACAUAUAUUUUAAAAACAUACCGUUAGUGGUAGGGUUAUACUUUGUAUGCCUUUGAAUCCAACAUUGCAAUGUUAGAAGUAAAGUACCUUUAUUGUGUUCACAGCAACUUCUAGAUAGCUUUUUUUAAAACUUGUGCGAUCUCCAUUUCUUAGUCUACAUUGUAGAUUGUAUUUAUGAUGAACCAUAAAAGUGUGUGUACGCACACUCACUCAUUUACUAAGUGGCAACUUCAAAGCUUCCAGAUUUUUCGUUUUUAUUUAUUUUUAACACGUAAACUAUGCAAAAAUAAUGUAGGUUUUGUUGCAGUAUAUGAUCAUACAUUGCGUAAGCCUGCCACAAAGUCAAUAUACCCAAUAUUUGGCAGGUCCUACUUUAACAACCUAAAGUCUGCUAUAUUGUGGUGUGUGUGUUUGUUUUUUUUUUUUGUUUUUUUUAAGCACUAAAUUCUGUAGAGGCGCUCUGCUCAAAAGAGCUUACAUUCUAAUGGGGUUUUUAUUUUUUCCCCUUCUGAUUUUGUUGUACAUCUGCAGCUUUAAAAUUGUCACGAGGCAGGGGCAUGGCAAGUGUCCCUUUUUAUGAUCUAUACAUUCAAUGAUUAAUUAUACAUGUGUAACACUAUUGUGUAAGCUUUCCAGGAUGUACUUGAAAAUUAUAGAAAUCUCGUGGUAUUCUUUAUGAAAUGCUUUUAUAAAUGAGUAACAAAACAAAAGGAUUGAAUGAGCUUGGGAAUAGGUGGGACUUAAUGGUUUAACCGUUUAUGUAUUUAGCCUUUGAAGGUUUAAGGAUUAGGCUUGUGACAUGAAGCCCUGUUUAUGAUUUAAUGUAUAGUCUUUUUUAUUUUUUUUUAUUAUUAAUAAUUCCUGGCUGUUUAUAUAUGAAAUCUCUCUAAUUUACUUGAAACAUUUUCUACAUUACUAAUAGGAAUUUAUGUGAGUUACUACAAUCAAGUUAUUAUUUCUAAUGUGUAUGUGUGUAUAUAUGUAUGUGUGUGUGUGUGUGUGUGUGUGUGUAUAUAUAUAUAUAUAUAUAUAUAUAAUCUUUCAUUUUAUUUUUUAUUGGAGUGCUUCUUUAACUCCUUAAGGACACAACUUCUGGAAUAAAAGGGAAUAAUGACGGAAUAUUUCCGUCAUGUGUCCUUAAGGGGGUUAAAUGGGGUAAUGUGUUCUUUUAACCCUUAACAUUAUGAGAAGUCCAUGCAAUAUAAACAAUGGCAGCUCAGUUCUGCAUGAUGCUGAACGUUCCCAAUAGAGAUGCAUUGAGUGCAUACAUCUCUGAGGAGAAGCUGGCUGGUACAGCAUGGUGGUACUUGAGUGGCCUGAGAUCAUUAUCAUGAUAAUCGCAGCCAGGGAGGAGCAGCAACCAUGGGGAGACCUGAGCAGUAAAGGAUAUUGGGUUAGAGAUGAUUUUAACUUUUUAUUCAAAAGGCAGGAUGGGUGCGCAAUAAUCUAAAUAUUUAGGGGGUUAUCUAAAAACCUUGCAAAAGCUGUAGAUCUUGUGUGGAAGUAGUGGGGAGUUGUGUGUAGUGCACUUUUUCUUAUACCCCCUUUACACCCCAAUAAUGCGACAUGAGAUAUACUUGGAGAAAAUAGGCCACAGCUUUGUAUUAAAAUAUCUGACCACACAAUAUUACCAAUAAAAUAAAUAUAUAUAAUUUUUUUAUUUUAAUAAUUUGUACAUUAAACCAUAUAUUUUAACCAUGUUCCAUAAACAUACCCGUCCUUGCCAAUCAAUUAUCCGUAACCUUAGAACUCACCUGGGCACUUGCCCUCGUCCCAACCAACACCUGGCCUUCCACCAACACCAUGCUAACCACAAUCCGACCUUGAAAACCAGGUUAACUUGAAAAUAUGACUCUUUCUAUUGAAAUCUGCAGUUUUUGUCAAUUGGAAAAUACUCUUCACAUACAAAGCAAGCCAAAAGUGCCUUUAAUUUUCCCUUUAUCUCCUUUAUAUAAACCUUUUUAUCACCUUUUACAUAGGUGAGCUCUAGAUGUGUAAGUGCCGAUAUGUGAUAGUAUAAUUUAGUUGUGUGUGCGUUUUAUUCUGAAUGAUGAUCUCGCCAAUACCUUUCAACACAGCAUUGAAUCACUUGGUUUGGUUGAAAUUGACUGAGGGUGCCGCUCUGAUCUGAUCUUUAUAACUAAAAUAGAUAAUACCUUCACUAGUAAAUCUUUUGAAAGAAGGAAAAAAAAAAAAAAAGCCACAUAUAAUGGUAGUUGCUCAUAUUAAACUAAUAUUUGAGAAAAUGUUUUGCCAAAACCUAUGGAUACAUGAAAGUUUAUGCAAAUACAUAAUUUUUUAAAUUUUAUUUUUAAUUCUUUUAGAAUACAGACUUUAAGAAAAUCUAAAUUUCUUUAAAGCAGCACAGUCACUGUCUUGGAACUCUGCAGAACUUGAAUCUAGUUAUAGUUCCUACUUUUUGUCUCAGUAUCUCUUGUCUGGGUUGGAAUUUCACGAUAUUACCAACACGAUCAAUAUGGGUAUUUCAUAAAUAUUCUAACUUUAUAAAAUUACUAUUGCUAUUUUCAGGGGGUGUGUGGGGAGGAGGGGGUCUUCUAGGUCUUUCAGUUUUAUUUAGCUUGUGAACAGAAAUUAAAGAAUCACACGUGGUUUUAUAUGUAAGCUGAUCGUUUUACCAUUUUCUAAAGCUAUAUGGUAAUACUUAGUGACUUUAUUUUAUUUUUUGUUUGGUUUUGUGCAGUUUGUAGACAAGGUGGACUUGAUUUUAAAUUCUGAUACAAAUAAUUUAUCGUGAUUUUUAACUCAAGAUUAAUGCUUGCUGGUUAAAAUCUUUUUGGAAGCAGAUGACCAUGUCACGUUUUAGAUUAACCUUUCACAUUAAUUUGACACAUCAGAAGUAGUUUGUUAAAUACCAUUGGAAAUUCACAGAGAUGAAAUUGCAAGGUGAACUGUCUCUAGUUUUAAUAGGUCAAUCACUCAGAUUUGGAGAUCAACUUAAAACAAUUGGUUUAAGGUCUAUUUCUGUUUCAUUGUUGCAUUGAAAAAGGUGCAUGCUAACUCUGCAGACACAAGUUACAUUAACUUGGGUUAAUGGAAUUUAUUUACCAAAAAUGUAACUAUUGCAUCAUUAUACAGCCUUGUGCUAAAUAAUCCGUUUCAUGCUGAAUAAUCUUUGAACUAUAAUGUGUGUUAAAUCAAAAACUAUAUCUUUCAAUUGUUCUCCCCCCCCCCCAAAAAAAAAACCCAAAACAUUUUUAUUAAAAUCCCCAAAAAUCUAACUUUUUUUUUUUUUUUUUUUUGUCCACAUUAAUUCCUUACUAAGAGCUGUAGGAUUAAUUUAAAUGAACGUUCUAGUGUUAGAAAUACAGACAUGUGUACCUAACCCUAUUGUGCUGGAGUACAUGUCUAGGUACCCCCCCCACGCAGCCCAUAUUUCAGAAUGGAGUAAAAGGUAUUUUACUCACUUUUUUCUCUAUUGCUACACCAGUCUUGUGGAAAUUUAACAAUGUUAAAAAAAAUAGCCAGACAGAUUUGAACUUUUAUAAAUGGAGUGAUUCUUAGUUGUGAUCUGCUUUUAACCAUGGCUUCUGUUAAAGUCGGAAUGAGGUUAAAGUUUUAAAAGCAGUGUGUGUCUGUAAGUGUACCAUGGACCCUCCUGGUUUGCAGUGGUUAACUUUUUAAGGCUUGUGACUUUACAUUUUAAGGUGUGUAAAAUAUAUACACACCCCACAAAAUGUAAAAUCACAAGCCUUAAAACGUAUAUAGUGUAUGUAUAUAUGUAUUGUCGUGUUUAUGCAUCUAUAAUACAACCAUUUUUAGUAUGGUUUUUAGAAGAUGUGCAUUUUCUUUACAUAGACAAGUUGAACAAUCAGUGUCCUAUAUUAGCUCUGAUCACAUUGAUCUCUCCCUCAUUGGAUAAGCUGCACAUUUUAAAUAUGGAAAAAGGCAGAGAGCAGUAUUGUUAUAGAAAGCUGGCAAUCUAGUUUAUUUAAAUUUUUUGUGGUUCUAUUUGUGAAUACAAUAACUCUGCUUAAAGAGGGCUUGUCACUUUUGUAAGUAUUUCAUAAAGAUAUAUUCCUAAAUAAUUGAAAUACUCAUAAAGUCUGCUUUGGAAUUUUUCUAUAAUUUGAAUACAAAUAAAAGAUUCCAUAAGACAAAGUAGGGACUACUCUCAGUCUUAUGGACAAGGCUGAGGUCUACAAAAGGCAGAGUUCUGCUGUCGAACCCAGCAGUCAUCACAAAGGCUGUGUGAUUCGGUAUCAAUCUACAGAGGACCCUGCCAGGGACUGCUCCAGGGAAGUAAAACCUACAUCACUCUGCAGACACUGGCACACCUGAUCCAUCACUUAUCUGGGGUCUUUACGAAACAUAUAAAGAAUGGCUAAAAAGGAAGCCUAAAGGGUGGGGUUACUAUGGCCACUGUUUGCUUUAUAGAGUACAUGGUGUAUUUAAGCUACUUUUAGUAAAGAGGUUGCCUGUGGUAGCUGCCUCCUGUGUGUAGUAGUAAUAUUGUACACUCAGAUUUCAGAUAUGCUAGUUUUGUUUUGGAAAUAGUUGCUGAAUAUUUGCAUUUUUCGCAGUGCCACAAUUUUUAUUUCAAUACCAAGUAUAUUGAGAAGUCAUUGCUUCUUGAGUUUGUCAGACCUGAUCAUGGCACGUUUUGCUGUUAAAUCUAAGUUGUGUGCAAGUUUCAAAGCUUUGAUCUGGUAUUGUACUCACUGGAUAGAUUAAUCCUGUAGCUGUAGUUUUUUUGGCCUGCUAGGUGAAAUCUGCAUUUGUCUUGUUCUUUACUGUCAUUAGAAGGAGGAUUAUUUCAUAUUCUGUUUAUAAAUUAUUAAAUGGUUAUUUUAUAUAAAAAAAUUUCUUCCUUCCUCUCAGGGCAUAAAAUACAUAUAUAAAAACACACGAUACGUAUACACACACUCAAAUAAAAGAAAGUUGUUUUUUUGUUUUUUUUUAUUGGUGGGGGGGGGGGUGAUUUUUUUUGUUUUUGUUUUGUUUUUAAUACAUUGCUAAUAUUUAAUGCAACAAGAAUGCUAAGAUGGCGUAUUAAUGUUUAAAAGAAGUUGUCUUAGUUCUUGGUGUCCCUCAAUUGCUUUGACUGUAAAUUUAGAUCUUUGUCAGGUGUCAUGGUUUGUGAACUUCUGCCACUUUUACUGAUACAGCUGCUGAAUAUUUUAACAGGUUUGAAUGACUCUGUUUUAAAUAAAUACCGGGGUUUUGGUUUUGUUUUGUUUUUUAAGAUAGGGCGUUCUGAUUUUCUAUAUUGUUUAAUGCUAAUUUCCUCCUUUUGCUUAAUAUUACAAGGUUAUCAAUUUGUUAUAGAAGGCUUUCUUUGAUAGAACACUGCGCCAAUGUUGAGUCUUUUUAAAAACUGCAUUAAGUGGCUUUACGUUGGUAAACUUUAUUAGCAAAAUCAUGAAAACUUGUGGUGUUUUUUUUUUUUUUCUUCUCUCCUCCAUUUUUUGUUUUUGUUUUGUUUGUUUUUUCAUACACAUUCUUGAAUCCCAAAGAUCAUGUGGCAUUUGAAACAUUCGCUUGUUCAUCUUUUGAGCACUGUGUGUGCAUGUUCCAAAUCACCACAAAGGUUUGGCUGUAAAUCUCAGAAGGAACUACUUCAUUGAACAGACUUUAACCAGCUCGGUGCCAGGUUUCUCCAGAACGAAGUCCUUAUUGAUACUUUAUUGCACAAGAGAACAAACUGGGGGAUGGGGUUGAGCGGGGCUUUCUUUAACCUUUUCUGAUGUUCACAAAGGACCUGGAAAUGCAUUGAGCUAAUUGAAUGAUUUCAACUUCAAAGACCAGGAAUGAUUGGAAUUCCUUAGCAGUUGUAUAUGAUUUAGUCAGCCCCCAGCCAGUCAAGACUUCUUACUUUCAGUAACAGCAAUGUUUCUUUAACAAGGUCUGAUCUUAACUUUUAUUGUUGUGAAUUUUAACCUGCAUUCACAAGAUUUCUUUCUUGUUUUCAGGAGUCGGAAGCUACAGAUCAGAAACAUACCACCUCAUCUACAGUGGGAGGUAGGAUGGCCUUUAAUUUUUUUUCCACAAUUUCCAAAUGUGUAUAUUUGUGUUUCUCACAAAUUCAAGUUCUGAAGUAUAUUUAGCCAGCCAUAAAAGUUACUUGCCUCUGCAAGCCUGGAUGCUUCACUGCCCACUAUUUAGAAGGGAAUUUAUUUUCUCCUGGAGGGGUGAGGUGGGGGAGAGAUUCUGACCCCUAUUCUUUAAUACAGUUUUAGCAAAGUUAUGAUUGUUCUGACGACUUUGAGUUCACAUUUUUGCUUGACAUUCGCUGGAUGUUUAUAAUUUUAAGGAUAGUUGCUUUGGAUUCCACAGCGAUCAGGAAAUUGCUCUGCUUUGGCAGUGUCAAUUUAUUUUGGGAUCUGGAACUUUAAGGAACUGUCACAUCUAUAAAUAGAUCCUUUGUAAUCACCAUUCCUUUUAUGUUAAAUGUCUUAUCUACAGCUUUCUGCUAUGUUAUGGAGGUGGACUACUAAUCUGGUGGUUUUUUUUUUGUUUUUUUUUAAUUAAUUUUUAUUUAUACCAGAAGAGAUGUUCUAAAUUGCUGUUUGAAUUUUGUUAAUUGAGUCCAUACUGUUUUGGCAAUAAGAUGUGGUUUGGGAUAAUUUCCCCUUUGCAGGAGCAAAAAAGUGCAAGUAAGUUGUAGGUGGAAGAGGCAGUAUAGUAAAUUGCCAUACAUAAGGCUUGUGGAAUGUGUGAGAACUAAAUCAGAACGGUUUUGUAAUGCAAGGAAAAUAAAAAUUUCACUCUGUAGAAAUACAUGUAUCUCCAUUGCAUGAGUCAAAUAAGAAGAUGCAAUCUGUAAAUUUUCUUUUCUUUAACUGUGAGAUCAAUCCCCAUUUAAAAAAAAAAAAGUAAAAUACAAAAAUAUAUAUUUUUCUCCCUCGUAUUAGUGCUACACAAUAGUUUAAAGGAACACUCUACUCAUACGUACUUCAGCAUGCUGACGUGUGUUGUGACAGGACUGAGGACUUAAUAUGAAAUCAGCACUUUUAUAAAAGCAGAAAUGCCUCCUCUGUUUCCAUUAGCACCAUGGGGGUCAUAUGUCACAGAAAUGGCAAGAAUUCUCUACUCAAGCACACCUGCCUUCUCCCCAUGUCUGAGGGAUUCCAUGGCUUGCCUGGCUAUCCCAUUGAGAGGCAUUAAAAUUGGAAAGCUGUGUGAGUGAGCCCGCAGCUCAGAAUCACAGCAUUUUCAAAGAAAAGUCUUUGGUCACUUACCCAGACUGAAAGGGGAGAAUAGGGAGGUCUUGCAAAGGCUGCAGAAAACUUUUGCAAACCAUUUUUAGAUAUACCCGCAAUGGAAAAAAGGGUUUGUUUGUGGCACUGAAGUGUUUAACUAAAUUUUAUAAUUGAGUAGAAUGUGUGUAUGUGGUUUUAUAAUUUUUUUUUUUUUAUGUUGCCUUUAUUAAAAAAAAAAAAAAAAAUUCCAGGUAGGUAAAAACUCUUUAUAACAGGUCUUAACAACUGAUGAUUGAAACAGAUACAUUAUAAUGUAAUAUUAUGGAAUCAUAGGACAAAAUGGACAACAAGGUCUUCUGCUCUCGUCCUGUAAAGGCAUUGUGUAAGAUUUAAAAGACGAGCUGGCACUGUGAUUUUGCUGUCCACGUGGGAACUAUGCUUCCAUUUAAAGCUAGAUUUCAAACCGUCCCCUCCUUUUUCACAGCACCAGCACUGCCCUAUUGGUCCUCUGCGUUCUGUAGUAGUGAACAUUCUUGCAAAAUACUCGAGCCAUCCCACAUUUUAAUUUGGAUUUGAAAAAAAUUCAUAGUGUGUGGAUACGCUACUUUAAAAAAAUAAAAAAUAAAAAAUACAAAACCGAUUAAGCAGAACAAUUUCUUUUCAGUCCUAAAGUAGCCUGUGAUAAUUCCCAUUUGUCACUGGAAUAACUUUUGGUUGGUGUAUGGAUUCAUUAAACACCAGAAUUGAGAUAAAUCCACCUUUUCUGAUUUUUGCUUUGCUGAUUUCUUCCCACUUACCAAUUCCGAAGCAGCUUCCCUUCCAACUGCUAUGGAGCAGCUCCAGCCAACGGCAUGCCGGCUUUAUUCAUGGGCAGACCUGCUUUCAUGCUAUUGGAGACUUUUUUUUUUUUUAUGACUUUUUUUUUGACGAAAACUCAUUGUCUUAGCAAUUUUUUUUUUUUUCUCCAGUUCACAAAAACAGUACAACAACGUGUGUGGUUGCAUUCAAUAUGUUAUAUGUAGAGCGUGAGAGCAGUCGACAUACAGGGCAACGAUUGGCCAAUUGGGUCAUGAACUGAAGAAUUUUAACAAGCGUGAAUACACUUCUUUUAUAGUGCUAAGGGCAUCCAGACCUAGUCUCCUGUGUAUUUGCGUUGCUUGAUCACUUGAGCUCUAUGUAGGAUGUAAUGUGGCGUCGACUAUGGGAAUGGCUGAUCUUCGAUGCUUGAAAUUAUAAUGUAUAUUAAAUAUAUGGGGAUACCUGUCGCUUGUGUCUAGCUCAGAGUAAUUCUUAAGGUGGGAGGGGGUGUGCCAGAGGUUUUGUAUCUAUUCGAGCUGAGGUGGUGGACUUAUGUGAGAUGUGUUUACUUUUGCAUGUUGGUGAUUGACUGCAAGCAAGCAAGAUAGCUAACAAUUAUUUUACAACAAAUCUCUCACAUGAGUCCACCACCUCAGAGAAGCGUAAAUAAAAAAAUUUUAACUUAUGAAGGCUGUUUGAGAAAUAGACUUGGAUCUAGUGAGUUAAGUCGGGAAAGCAGCAUACAGGUUAGGAGCAGACCACUUAGGGAUAAACGGCCUCGUUGCUGGGCUCAGCCUAUGAGGUCCACCGCACUGUGCUCCAAAGUCUAGAGUCCUGCUGGAAAUGUAUGGCGGCUAGCAAGGUCUUCGCUUCAGCAAGGUCCUGGAUCAUAUGACGUUCUUCCCCGUGGGAGAUUGAGUUUGCGCGCCUGCCACCAUUGGUAUUGGAUAUUGUGCUUUCUGAGCAGGGAUGUAAAGGGCGCCAUUGAUAUUCUCCAUGCCAGCGUACCUCCCGAUAAUCAACAUAAAAGGUUACUGAAGGAAAGUGUUAAAUAAGAAACUUUAAACCAUUCUCGAAUGAUUUAACCCCAAAGUGAGACUGUAGCGGCCGUCCAGAGGUAAGCUGAUGCUCUCAGCCAAUCGGUGACCCCACAUUCCUAAAACUGACUUGAAAAGUAACAUAUUCACCCCCACCCUCAAAUAGACAGUUUUAUAAAUGGGGAUUCACUGAUUGACUGAGAGCAUCAGCUGACCACACUUUGUGCUUCCUGAAAAUGAGAUUCAGAAGCCGGAUACUGCCUGGGUUCCUGAGGAUUGACGUAGGAGGCUCUCUUUGGGGUUAAACCGUUCAAGAACCGUUAAUCCCUUAAAGUGAGAUUGUGGUCUGGGUGCCUAUAGUGUCCCUUUAAAUGUCAGUUUUUGGUGCUUUGUUAGUCUGUAAGCAGACUAUAAAACUUGAUCUUUUAAUAUCACAUAUUGGAAUAUUGACACCAAAUAAAGUCCAACAAUCUCGGUAAUGUGCAACAAAAAAAAUCCUUCUUGCCUAGUUGUCGGAGUAUAGGUUUUAUGGCUUUUGUAACAUAUGGCCUGUCCUUGGCUUGGUGGGUGGCUCACAUAUCAGGAUUUCCUGAUUAUUUUAUUAUUUAUAUAGCGCCAGCAAAUUCCAUAGCUAUGUACAAUUGAUCACUUGUGUGCGUCACAGUCAGCAGCACUUACUUGAACCAAGUCACUUUUACUGUAUAUCAUUGUGUAAUGUACAUGCUUUGAAACCUUAGGAAUUUUUUUUUUUUUUUUUUUUUUUUGGACAAGGUUCUAAAAAUGACAAAUUGCAGAUCUAGUUAUAGUAAAAUAUUGCUGUGGGUGUCAAGACUAAUAGUAAUGGUACACAUACUUAAUUUCUAGUGUGAUCCCAGCAUUACAAAGGGCAUAUUGUUAGACAUGUUCACAGGUCUUGGUAACACUUACAAUUAGUCUCUCAUUGCCAUUAUUAUAGCACUGAUACAUACUCAUCACUGCUGACCAAUCCUUCAUCGUUUAGGUCAGCAAGGCUUUUUUGUCCAGUCAAACAAUUCUCACAGUAAAGCAUUGCAGGCAUACAGCACACUUGUGUCAAUUGCUGCUAUUGUACUGGAAUAUUUUGUAGCAUUUCCGCUGGUCUUAUGGUAAACACACUCUAUGCUGUGAUUCGGAGUACGUUGUUUGAUCUUUACCCUGUUGAAAACGCCUCUCAUGGCAUACUACCUAGCUACACUUCUCAGCCUACCCUAUCUGUAGAAGUGUAGGUUGUCCUUCUUUUUUUUUUUUCCUCCUUCUUUCAUUUGUUUUGGUUGUACUAAGCAUAUCUCAUACAUCCCUGCGCUGCAGAUAUAGCUCAGCUGUUGCUAUUGUACUGAAAGCUAAACCUUCUGCUCUUGCAUUUGUUUAUUAAAACCACGAAUAAAAGUAAGGCAGUAGAAGCUAGAAGCAAACAGUUUCAUUCAUGAAACUAUUUAAGAGCAGUCAGGUAAUCUGUGCACAAAAGUUGUACGCUGCUGCUGAAACACCCUGUGCAUAUGUAGGAAGGUAGCAAGUGCUUUCGUAUAAAAUUUUGUUUUGGAUGCUUGUACAGAAUAGAUUAAUGCAGUUCUAUGUGAAGUCAUAUAUGGCUGACUCGAUAGAGGAAGUAACUAAGGUGUGUGUGUGUGUGUAUAUGUAUAUAUGUGUAUAUACACAUUUUCUUUAGUUUGUUUUUAUGUGCUAUUAAGCAUAUAUAAAGUAAAGUUUGUGUGGGUGGUUGUGAUGCGAGUUUGCUCCCUCAGAUCUGGUCAGGUCUCCAAAAUUCCACCUAAUAACAUACGCCUCAUGUGGCACCACCUCAUUUUUCCCCAUCUAGAAAACAAAUUUGAUAAGACAAUAGAGGCAGUGGGUUCUCACUUGGGUAAAAAUGUAUGAACUUUACCAACGUUGACCCUUUAACUUUAGUUCAUUUUUACAUUACAUACUUAUCAUGUACUGGGGAGCAGUGUGUAUUGUAUAGGAGUAGGCUUGUGCCUAGUCAGGUCUAUAAUUUUUGUUUGCUUGCAGACAAGGUCCUGAAAGCCUGUAGUUUAAUUACAGAAAUGUUUGAUAUAAAUACAUUCACUUUGCCCUUCUCUAAUAACUUGAAAGGAAGAACCCAAUAGAUGUGCUACUGUGUGAGCUUGAAUGUGAAAAAGAAGUUAGAUGUUCUGACUUUAUUCCUUGCAAAUUAAGGAAUACAGCUAUAACUUUUUUUUUUUUUUCAACACCUUGAAGUGGGUUGAUGCUACCAAACUCUCUUACUUAAUCAUUUUCCAGUCUGUCUUGCAUAGUUUUGCAAGACAGAUUUGGACAGUGAAGUUUUCUGGGUUUACAGAAAAAGUUUGACUGAACUCUUUCCUAGCGUCUUGGAUUUGUCAACCCUUCCCCUCCUCUAUCUUCCCUUUCCCCCCUUCCCUUUCCCCCCUUCCCUUUCCCCCCCUUCCUUUCUCCCCCUUCCUCUCCCCUUCCUUUUCUCCCCCUUCCUUUCUCCCCCCCUUCCCUUUUCUCCCCCCUUCCGCUCUCCCCCUUCCCUUUCUCCCCCUUCCUUUCUCCCCCUUCCCUUUCUCCCCCUUCCCUUUCUCCUUCCUUUCUCCCCUUCCUUUCUCCCCCUUCCUUUCUCCCCUUCGCUUUCCCCCCUUCCCUUUCCCCCCUUCCCUUUCCUUCCCAUUCCCCCUUCCUUUUCCCCUUCCUUUCCCUCCCUUCCUUUCCUCCUUCCCUUUUCCCUCCUUCCUUUUCCUCCUUCCUUUUCCCUCCCUUCCUUUUCCCUCCUUCCUUUUCCCUCCUUCCCUUUUCCCCCCUUCCUUUUCCCCCCCUUCCUUCCCCCUUCCCUUCCUUCCCCCCUUCCCUUCCCCCUUCCCUUCCCCUUCCUUCCCCCUUCCUUUCUCCCCCCUUUCUCCCCCCUUCCUUUCUCCCCCUUCCUUUCUCCCCUUCCUUUCUCCCCCUUCCUUUCUCCCCAGCCCUUCCCCCUUCCUUCCCCCCUUCCCUUUCCCCCCCUUCCCCCCCUUCCCCCCUUUCUCCUCCUUUCCCCCCCUCUUCCUUUUUCCCCCCUCUUCCUUUCCCCCCUCUUCAGCUUUUCCCCCUCUUCCUUUUUCCCCCCCUCUUCCUUUUCCCCCCCUCUUCCUUUUCCCCCCCUCUUCCCUUUUCCCCCCUCUUCCCUUUUCCCCCCCCUCUUCCUUGCACCCCCUCUUCCCUUUUUCCCCCCCACCCUUCCCCCCCCUUCCCUUUUCCCCCCCCCUUCCCUUUCCCCUUGUUGAGAUGGUCGCGAAGCCAACCUCCCAUUCUGCAGAGCCGCCUGCACGCUCUCAUUCCCCUGCGCUGGUUCAGCGCCAGGAGGCUGUAAUUAAAUUCCUUUUUCUUCCUCCCGGGCACUGAUAUAUAUUGAAACAGCCCCACUGGACCCAAGGAAAGCCCCUCCAGCGCCCACAAGGUAGGUAAGGAUGGUGCUAAUAUGUCUUUUUUGUGUGUAUCAAAUAAAUAACGUGUGUGUGUGUGUGUGUGUGUGUGUGUGUAUAGGUCAUCAGCUCCCCUUUGGUCACAUGGGAAUGGUGUUUUUACUUCCCUUUUUUUCCCCAACGAUGAGCACGCCUCCAUAGCUGCAAUUAUCAUUCUUAUUCUUAUCAUCCAUAGGAAAGCAUUGGGAAGCUGUUGAGCAUGCACAGCGAAAUGCUGCACAAAUCGGCAUCUCCUCAUAGAGAUGUUUUAAAUCAAUGCGUCUCUAUGGGGAACGUUCAGCUCCUAUGCAGAGCGUGGAGAUGCUGAAUGAAGAUAUGAGACUCUUUAGUGUCUAGAUAGCAGAAACUUUAGUUAAAAAAAUAAAUAAAAAACAUUUCAACAACAAAUAUACAAAUCUUAAUGGAACAUGCUAUAGACACCAGAGCCACUAAAUUAAGAUAGUGGUUCUGGUGACUAUAGUGUUCCUUUAAGAAUUGUAUUUUUGUCAUUGGGGAAAAAAAACUGGCUCCUAACUUUUUUAGAUGGCUCCUAUAUUUAAAGCAAAUUUGUCAAGCCCUGGGUUAACCUUCCCUCCGCUUGAAGUGUAUUGUGCUUGUGUUUUUCUGACUCAUUUGACGAAUGAGUAAGUCCUUGAUCAGAGUUCCUGGCAGAGCCUGACCCACAAUCUGACACAUGCAUAUACCAUCCCCGGAAGCUGUGACAUCAUUAAUAGAGCAAGCAGUUCCAGCACAUGUGUUAACAUAACUUAAUAAGCUUUAACUGAGCUCAAGGAAAAAUCAAAUGGUUAAUGCUGAAUGUGUUAUUUUCAUUUUAGUGACGUAUUGUGCCCUCUUUAGCUCUGCAAAUGUUUAGCUGUGUAUGUAGAAUUUAUCAAGUCCAAAAAAGCUGUCUUGUGUAUAAUAGACAAGUUUUUUUUUUUGUUUGUUUUGUUUUGUAUUACUGAGGCAAACACGCAUGUUGUGCAUGUGUUCGUGGAAUUAUUCACAGCUGAUAUUUUUGUUGUGUAUUAAGACGUGUAUCCACUAAAAUUACUGUUUACAACUUAAGGAAUUAAGAUUUUUUUUAAACUUUUUUCCCCCUCUCCUUCAAGAAAGACUGACAUGUGAAUUUAAAAGCAGAAUAUUGUGCUUCAGUUAAUCUCUUCCCAGCAGCCCAUCUCCAAAAGCUUAAUUUGGCUAGAUUCAGGUUUUCCUGUCUGUACAUAGCCAUAUCUGUUGCGGGUGAGCUACCCAUUAAUUUAUACCUGUUGUACAUGCCUGAACGAUUGUCAGUGGGGGUGUUGUUCAAAGCUCCUGGCCCUAGUAGACUCAUUGCUGUACACACAGGGCUUCCUGCCAGAACAACAGCAGUGAGAGUGUAUCGCUUCAUCUCUACUGCUAUUGGCUUCGUUUCACUUUUGUUUGCAACAAACUUGCCAAGUGUCGUGUGUGUCUGUUAACACAAAUAUGGACCAUUGUGCAAAAUAUUUUAUAAACCUGUAUUGUACCCACCAAUGUGAAUGCAAUGUUUAAACACUGGAAAAAGUUUUUAACUAUGCAUUUAAAUGUUCCUACUGUAUUGUCCUGGAUCUAUCGGUAAGUUGCAUUUAUUCCACUGUAAAACUGUUGUAUCUCAAUCUUUUUGACAGAAUUUGCAAUUCUUUCAAUGGGGUGAUCUUAGUUAAGUGAGACUUCCAGGUUCCUAAACUUUUUCAGUUCCCAUUAUUGUAUUGGAACUGGGUGCAUAUGUAUGCUCCCCCCCUAAAAUCCCAAUCUAGCUGUAAUUUAUUGUAGUUUAGGCCUACAUAGCAGACAUACAUUUUACAUGUACAACAUAUCCAGAUGCUAAUCAAAGUAUCGGACUGUUGUAAAUGCUGAAAUGGCUACACGUAGCUCUAAACAGAUUAUUUACUAAAGUGAGAAUUCAGUCUAUUUCAAGUUUAAGGCAUUACAGUCAAACUGAAAGCAUAGUUGACGUAGAGAAUUAUUCUUGUUUGGCUAGUUUGACCUUAAAGGAGCACUAUAGUCACCUAAACGGCUUUGGCUUAAUGAAGCUGUUUUAGUUUAUAGAUCAUGCCUCUGAAGUUUCACUGCUCUCUUCUCUGCCAUUUAGGAGUUAAAUCACUUUGUUUAUGUAGCCCUGGGCACACCUCCCCUUGUUGUGACUGACACAGCGUGCGUGGGGAAAAAAUAAAAAAACUGGUUACAAUUUCAAUCAGGUGUACCUCAUACGCCCGCUGUAAAUUUGAGCACUGGAAGCGAUCAUGACACUCACUCGCCCCAUCCCAUCCCAUCCCAUGCUCUGCCUGUACGGAGUGCCUCGAGGGGUCGAGGCACUCUGUUUUAAAAAAAAUAAAUAACCCCUACUCUCCCUCCCCAUGUACUUACCGUUCCCCCGCCGGCGAUCGGUAUUCAGCCCAGACAGUGCACCUCUCCAAUUUAGGACCCCCAGGGGCCAUGUGACCCCUCUAAAAGGGCGGUCACAUGGCCACAAUAGGUGUCUACAGUGCUGCCAGCAGGGGGACUGCCUGAACGGACAGGCAGUCCCCCUGCUGGUGAAAAAGUAAAAAGAAAAUUAAAAUAAAGUAUGUAUGUUGCAUAUAACCUCAUACUAAGUGUAUUUAUAUAAAUAUUCUAUCUCUAUCAAAAAAGAAUGGCUGCUCACCGGACUUAAAAACAAAAAAAUUUUUAUUGAAUGUUAAAAAUCGACCAACGUUUCAGUCACCAUUUCUGAAGAAAGUCCCGAAUGGGGACUGAAACGUUGGUCUAUUAUUUUUUUUUUUUUUAACAUUAUUCAAUAAAAAAAUUUUUUGGUUUUUAAGUGAGCAGCCAUUCUUUUUUAAUAUUUGUGUCUAUUGGAGCUCUGGCACAUGUACCCGGCGUUGGAAUUAACUAAGCGUGAGUGCAAGGGUUUUUAUAUAUAUUAGAGUAAAAUUAUAUUUGAGUAUAUAUAUUAGAGUAUAUAAAAAACUAUAUAGUGUGUGUGUGUAUAUAUGUAUAUAUAAUUUUAUAAAAAAAUAACUAAACGGUAAUUAUUUAAAAAAAAUUUAAAUGUAUAAUUUGAUUCUAACUGUAUUUUGAUAUUAAUGUAUAUCCACUUAAAGACCGUGGACGUAUUAGGUAUGUCCGACAAAAAAGUCGUGAUCUGCAGGGGAGGGGAGAGGGAAAGUCCCCCUGCAGCAGCUCUCGCCACCAUGAUCAUAUCGCCGCAAUAGGACUCUAGGAGCUGCUAUCAGGGGGACUGUCUGAGCGGUCACGCAGUCCUCCGGGCUGAUAAAAAGUAAAAAUAAAAUAUAUUAUACAGGUGGUCCUCAUUUAGCGACCUACCUGUUUUACGAUGGCCUAGUCGUAAACUUCCCCGAACAUAAACGAAUGCACCAGAGCAGGGAAUCCUUGAACUCCUCACUUACCGACAGAUUUGUUGUGCGAAGUGUCUUUAAUUAUAAUAUACAUAUAUAGGGGUGGUUAUGUAUGUGUGUGCAUAUAUCUAUCUCUAUACACACACUUAUAAAUUGAAGAAAACAUUUUCUACAAAAACACCAACUUUGGCCUGCGUUUGUGACUAAGUGAAUACUAGGAAAAUACUGAACAUACCCCAUUUUGAAUACUGGGUUUUCUAUGUUUACAAAUGGUAUGCCAUUAUGGGGUAAUUUUCAUUCCUGGGCUGCUAUACAGUCUCAAAGGCAGCAUAGGCUCAGCAAACCAAUCUGGAAAAUUUCAGUGUGCAAACAUGGGGAAAAGGGGAUAGCCCUACAUUUGACCCAUGUAAGUUUGUGUGUGUAUCACUGAACUUGGGAGAUGUUGCUGAACACAUAUUGGGGUGUAACCCUUACAGGUCUCUGUACAUGUAUUUUUAAAUUGCUGUGUCAAAAAAUCACUAUUAUUUAAUUUGGAAUAGAAUGGUGGUAAAAUGGUUGCAUGAAAAGAGUCAAAAUAUCCCACGUUUAAUACCUUAGGUUGUCUUCUUUUAAAAAAAAAAAUAUAUACAUGUGAACGGUUAUUCAGAGAUUCCUGACCGAUAUCAGUGUUACAAUGUAACUUGCGAUAAUUUUGGAAAAAAAAAAAUGGUUUGGAAAUGGCAAAGUGCUACUUUUACUUAUUGCCCUAUAACUUUCCAAAAAAGCCAAGAGCAUGUUAACAUUGGGUAUUUCUAAAUUCAGGACAAUAUUUAGAAACUAUUUAGCAUGGGUGUUUUUUGGCGGUUGUAGAUGUGUAACAGAUUUUGGGGGUCAAAGUAAAAAAAAGUGUUUAAAAAAAAAACAACAACUUUAUAGUAAAUUAUAUGAUGAAAAUAAUGGUAUCUUUAGAAAGACCAUUUAAUGGCGAUAAAAAAACGGUAUAUAAUAUGUGUGGGUUCAGUAAAUGAUUAAGAGGAAAAUUACAGCUAAACACGAACGCAGAAAUGUAAAGAGGUUCUUAACGGUAAGAAAAUUGAAAACCGGUCUGGUCACUAAGGGGUUAAUAGAUUUUAUCUCCUGCUCUCUAAAUUGAACUUUAAUCAAAUACAGGAGGCUCCUGCAGGGUCUAACAAGCUAUUAACAGAGCAGGAUAUAAGAAUCUAAAUACAACAGAAUGUGCAAUAAAUUAAGGAUAAACAUUGUCUGACUCUACAGCAGGCUUCCCCAAACUUCAGCCCUCCAGAUGUUGCUGAACUACAGCUCCCAUGAUUCUCAGCCUAUCUAUUUAAUUCAUAGAAUCACGGGAGUUGUAGUUCAGCAACAUCUAGAGUUUGGGGAAGCCUGCUCUACAGGAAGUGUUGAGGAAAGCUGUGCAAGUUACAUGUUGGGGAGGUGUGCCUUUUAAAUGAGAAAUUAAUUUUGAAUUCGUAAAGAGGCUCUGUCAAACAAUUGUGGUGUUUUCAGACAAAAUCUGGCCAUUACCGUAUAUACUCGUGUAUAAGUCGAUCUCAUGUAUAAGUCGAGGGCAGUUUUGUGACCAACAAUUGUGAAAUAUGCUAUGCCUCGUGGAUAAGUCGAGGAUAAAACUUGGGACUAUGAAAUUCUGUGAUUUUAGAAUUAUAUACACACACUCAUACAAACACACUCUGCAUUAUAUACACACACACUCAUACAAACACACACACUCAUAAACAAUCUGCAUUCUACACACACACUCAUACAAACACACAUACUCUGCAUUAUAUACGCACACACUCUGUGUGUAUAUAAUGCAGAGUGUGUGUGUGUUUGUAUGAGUGUGUGUGUAGAAUGCAGAUUGUUAGUGUGUGUGUAGUGUGUGUUUGUAGGAGUGUGUGUUUGUGUGUGUGUGAACUGGGUGGAAGGAGGGCAUUUUUAUUAUAAAUUUUUUAUUUUAAUAUUGUAAGUUUUUUUUUCUUUUAUUUUAUUUGAAUAUUUAAGGUUUUUAUUUUUUAUUUUUUUUAUUUUAUUUUAUUUUAUUUGAAUAUUUAAUUUUUUUUUAUUUUAAUAUUUAAAAUUUUUUUAUUUUAAUAGUUUUUAUUGUAUUUUUUUUUUGUAUUUUUAAUUUAAUUUUUGUCCCCCCUCCCUGCUUGUUAGCUGGCCAGGGAGGGGGGCUCUCACUACCUGGUGGUCCAGUGGAUGGGCUGUGCAGGAGGGGGGGGCUGACAGUGAGAGGUUACUUACCUUCCUGCAGCUCCCUUCUCCUCCGUGCAGCUCUUCUGACAGCUCCCACUGGAAGUCUCGCGAGAGCCGCGGUGACCCCGCGGCUCUCGCGAGACUUCCAGUGGGAGCUGUCAGAAGAGCUGCACGGAGGAGAAGGGAGCUGACAGUAGCUGCAGGAAGGUAAGUAACCUCUCACUGUCAGCCCCCAACAGGACCGCCGGGCUUGUAAUGAGCCCGGCGGUCCUUGUCUGUAUUAUGGCAAUGUAAAUUGCCAUAAUACAGACAUUAACUCGAGUAUAAGUCGAGUGGGGGUUUUUCAGCACAAAAAAUGUGCUGAAAAACUCGACUUAUACUCGAGUAUAUACGGUAUGUUUUUAUUGGAAUUUCAUUCAGACUAAUUAAAUUUUGAUGUGGUGAGCGACUGCAUUUUGCAGCAGUUUAGUAUAUAACUCCCUCAAUUGGCAACUUUGUGGGAUUGCCAUAUUUAAGGAUAACAAUUUAGGGAGCUGUUUAGUAGUUAGCUCUUUUUUAGUGUCUUUAUGGCAAUCCCACCAGGAUUAGGGACCUUUAAGAAGCUUAAAGACCAAAAUUACGAAAUGCCCUUACUUUCCUUUGUUUUUGUGUUUCAGGCAACUUUACGAAUUUGAAAUAAAAUUUUUUUUUUUUUGCUAAAUUAGGUUAAAUCUUCGCCCCUUCCCACUGUGCCACAAGUAGGGGCAUGUCUAUCAAUUGAGAAUGAGUCCAUGGCUACUCAAUGUUCUAAAGACAAGCAGCUUGGUAGCUAUUGCUGCCCAAAUUCUAACCCAACCAAGGGCGACCUGACAGAGGUCUCCCAUGCCCCCAGUAGUGGGCCACUUGGGGAAAAAAAAAAAUAUUCAAUGGGGAACCUAGUGCUUGGAGUUAAAUUACACGGUGUGGGAACGCUUUAUAAGGUUUUCCCUGCCCUACAAGCACAGUCAUUUACACAUUGUUUGGGCACAAGUCAACGUUCCAGUACAUUUAUUUAUAAUCCUUGAGUGUUAAAUUUUGCUGUCGAUUUAUGGCACCUCCACAAAACAGAGGCUACUUACUAACCCAGCUGCAAAUGGUGGGUCUUCCUCACCCUCACUGCAUUCUGCCUCCAUGGGCCAGUAGAAUGCUACUCAUAGAGAGGCAUUUAAUGAAUUGCCUUCUGCUAUAAGCAGGUCUACAGUUUAGGAAAUGGCACUCUCUCGGAUGUCUGACAGCAGUGCUUGUUCAACCUAGGAUAAAAAUGUAGAUUUAUUUUGAAAUCUGAACUGCAUAGCGGGUUUGGUGUGCUCCUUUAAGAAGUAGUUCAGUUACGCCAGUAACAAUCGAUCUUAAAAUUAUGUGGACUGUUCUAGGUUUCUUCAAAUCUGUCCUUCAUGUUGGCCCACCAAAGAUGGGGGCAGUGAAAGGUUGGUGACGCUCGGCUAUCAGCCUACCAGAACCCUGGUUAACAAGGAAGUGUUAGCUAGAUUAGGAAUGGUUUGCGAGACUUCAUGUGUGGCCUGGUACUCUAGUUGAUGAUUAAACUGUAGUAGAUUGAAUUGAACCAAGUGAUGCCAAGAUGAUACUCUAGCCGUUAGAACUGCAAGGUAUGAAGUGGUUAUAAUAAGUAAUCUGUUUAUGAUGUGGUGUUAAAUUCUUAUAUUAAACAUAAAGCUAGUGGCCUCAGAAACCAGUUCAGCCCAAGGACAACUAACGGAAACCAGUCCUCAAUCGGGAUGAUCCCCUGUAUAGAUGAAAAUCAGCAGGCACAUCCCAAAAAGGGUAACUCAUAUCAUGCUUUAAAGGAUACUUACUCCAAAACUGAGUUUCUGAAGUGUAAAACAUGUUAAGAGUUUUUGGGGUCUGUCUGCUAGCUGUCUGGUGGGUGUUGAUUACAAAGGUCUAUUGAACACUUUUUUUAAUUGUGUGUUUUUCUCACUUAAACCGUUAAAUUCUACAAAGGGUGUAUAUCUGGUCUUUUACAGUAUAAAGAAAUCAUGUACGGUAAGAGGACGUAUUUUAUUGUUGCUUUAGCUCCUCUUUAAAGUUUUUUUUUUUUGAUCUUCUGUCUGAAAAGUAAUGACUUGUGGUCUAGUCCUAUAGAGAAUAUAUUCUAGCAAUUCAUGUUGUAUGUAACACAAGGAAACAAUUUAUAGGCAGAAAGUGCUAAAUAGUUUCUAAGCAAAUUUUUGCUGAAAUCGAUUAGGAAUAUGGGUGUGAAAAUUACCAUGUACUACUUUUAGAUCUACCUUAAAGGGUUACUCUAAGAACCAUAACCAUUUCAGAUUCCUGUCAAUCAAGCAUUUGGGAAAAAAAAAAUCUGGUCUGGAUAUAUCCAUCUAUACAGGUUGUGUGCAGCAUGCGCACAUCUUUGACAGCGUUUUCUAUCCAGGAGUGUUCUGAGCAAUCGACCACACGUCUAAAAUGAUGGCAGCCAAGGAAUAGCUACUAGAAUCAGUGAUGAUUGGAAUUGCUCUCUACUAAUAAACUACUUAUCCACAUUGUGCAGAGAUUUAUGAAGUUGUUUCUAUACUACACUGCUUGCAAAUUGCCAUAUUUAAACCCUAGUUUCCUGUCAACACUUUUAUUGAAAGGAAAUAGAUUUUAAAACCUAGUUUUUUUGUUGUAAACUUAAUUUUUUUUUGGCCUUCAAAGCUACCUGGAAAAUGACUUUAUUAGGCGUUUUUGUGGGCAAUGUUCUUGAUGGGUGCUGGGUUGGUUUCCUUUUUUUUUUUGUUUGAGGUGUCUGUUAGUUUGAAUUGCCUACCGAGGAAAACUGAAUAACUUUAAAGCAAACCUGUCAUCACCUGACCUUCUGCUCCUGUGCCACAUUAUGCUCACUGAGCCCCCAUAUCAAAACAAAAAACCCUGCCAAGUGACAGUGCUGCUUUACACCACAACAAAAAGGAAGAACUGAUUUUUAAAAAUUAUGUAUUUUUUUUUUUUGGAUUUUUUAUUUAUUUUUUUUGGUUAGCCUUGGUUUUCUUUUUAUAUAAAAAUAGAAACCACUUUUAAAGAUCAUGCUUACAUAGAGCCGAAGCAUAGCUCCUCUGAUGCUAAAGGUUAUCGAUCCACAAUAAGUCAAUCUAAAGAACUCCACAAAGGACAAACUGCCGACCUCGUGAACAGAGGUAAAUAAAGUGGUGUCCCCAGUAUUGCAAUCUGCCACAAGGCAGAAAAGAUCUAGUUUUUUUGUCUUUAGUUUAAGUACAAGAGGUACUAAGGGAACCUAAGAAACACCAUGGUGCGUUAAUUUUAUGUCAAUGCUCCUGUGCAUUUUUUUAAUUUUUUUUUACAGUUGGGGUUGAGCAUUGGUAAAAUAGAGAUGGUUGUUUAUUGAUUAACUUAUUCUAGACAAUUAAUCCAUAUGGAAUAGAAGUAAACACAAACCAUGAUAAGCCAUAAAUGUGUUCUCGACCUCGUAUUUCCUUCCUUCCUUUUUUUUUGUAAUUCUUUCUUUUGAGACAUUGAGUUAUGCGGUACAGAAUGUGAACAAGAAUAAAGGAGUUGGCGCAAAAGUCCAGAUGUUAAUCAAACAGUUGAACAGUAUGCUCCUGGCAGAUCUGUCUCGUUUUUUUUUUUUUUUUUAAAUAAACAAGCUAGUCUAAUUAGUAACAACAAGCUAUAUCAUAUAGUGCAGUAAAGCAAACAAUAGGUAAGUAAACAGAAGUGAUAUACAGUUUUUGGUUUUAUCCCUAUUGUUAUGGUAGAUCUAGGCUAGUAAAAGUAGAGUAGAUUAAUACAUGCUAGGUUUAGCUUUAUAUGUAAGAUUGGGUAACGUCUACAUAGUCUAGUUUUUAGUAAGUGAAACAUUCUAUGCUUUGGCAGGAGGCCGGAUAGAUGCAGUAAGGCAUAUGUAUGUACUGUGCACAUAGGAUACAGGCUAGGCAUGAGUAGCAGAUAAGGCUGACUUUUGAUUUGUACAAUGCUAUGUCACAGUGCUUGCUUGGUAAAAAAAAACCGGAUCGGGCUAUGCAAGGUAACAAGGGUUAAUGUUUUGGUACUCUCAGGGUGCCGGAUCAAACCUAUGGAGCCUUUGUCCUGCACAGCUGCUAGUAAAACUGUUAUAGGUGCUUAUAAGGUAUAUGCACGUGGUCAAUGACUAACUGGCAUGGCUUAAAUAUAGACUGGCAAUGCAUGAAUUGUAAACCGCUGACAUCAGGCAGAGGUAGGGGAAAACAGAGCAUUAGGGAAAAACAAAUCAUUAAAGCAGGGUGAAUGUAGUGGUUAAGAACCGUGCUCAGCUGCAGUAAAGAGUUCUCUUAGCUCUGACUCUUCACCCGAUGCUGCUUACGUGCUGGAGCAGAUAGUUCAUUCUUUGGCCCGGUAGCAAAUCCAAUCUGAGCGGGAGUGCAGCCUGGAAUCCCAUGCCUCCGUUGCUUGUCUUGGGUCUCCCAGAGUUCUUUCUGCUGGUGAGGUUGGUCGGGUUCCUGCACACGAAUACCAGUUGGAGGGGCUUGUGUGUUGGCAGGGUCAGAAUCUGUUGUGGUGCUGCAGCGUGCAGGCUGCUGCCAGGUGGAGUGGGUGAGUACGUCUAGGUGUGCGUUUAGUUGCAGCAUGGCGCUGUGGAGGUGGGGAGCCCCUCCACCUCUGAGGUUACUGGUGAGCCGAUGCUCCAUUUCUGCGUGCGCGAGUCCCAGUGUGGUCUCUGGCCUUUCCGGGGAUGGUGGCGCGGUCGGUUGCCGUGUGUUGCUCGCUUGAUGCUCCGUUUGCUCUCCAUAUUCUGUGGCUGACGGUGCGGGUUGGCUUGUGGCCAUGUAGGGCUGCAGCUCAGUGUUUUAGCCGGUUCUCUGUCUGUUGAACAUCGUGGGGGGCUGUGCCCGGGUGGGUCUUCGGCUUCUGCAUCCUAAUCCGGUGCCAGUUAGCUUUAUCUGGUUGGCUUAGUGUGGAUGCCAGUGCCGUGGUGCAGACCGUUGGUGGCUGUACAGGCGGGGUCCUUUCCUCCAAAUUGGCCCAGAAGCGCUCACAGAUGGCAUCAAACCUUGCCUGAAAUGUCUUUGUGCUGGCAUCUGUGCUGUCCGCCAUUUUGCUCUGGCCUCGUGUCUCUCGCCUGUCGGUCCCUCUCCCCUGGUUAGUACCCUAUGCUGGGGGUGGACCGGGAUAACCCUGCCAGUCUAGAGGGGGGGGACGAGAACCCCGCUGCAGGAGCUCAGUCUGUCUUGGCGGCAGAGUAGCGGCUGUCUCCUCCGCGCCAGCCAUGUGGGUAGGCCUCAUCCUCAUCUCGGGGAAAUAUUACUCACUGUGUGUCGCGGAAGGUAUCCACUUGUGCUUCUGACUGUCACCUCCUUUUUGUGUCGGUAAGAUGUCUUUUGGUCAGUGGAGUCCGCUCUAUACGAUUUAGGUAGGGAGAGCUGAGGAGAUAUGCUUCCUCAGCUCUCUGGCUAGGCCUCGCCCCACUUAUUUCCUUCCUUUUAACACAAAUUAACAGACCACACAAAUAUUAACUCUUAUCAACCUAUAUAUGGGAAACAGAAUUUUUGCUGUCGGGUAUGCCUGUUCAGCAUACAUGUCUUGAUGAAUCUUAGAAUAUUCCAGCAUGCACAUAUUGUACAUGCUAAUUAAACAGUUGAAACAAACUGUGCUUUCUUUCCACGAUUAUGGAAAGUGUGGUUGGUUUUCUAAUGUAUCCUGAAGACGCUAAACUUGCUCUCGUGAAUACUUUUGAACUUACCACCAUAACAGCAUGUCUAAUCUUUUAAAUGAUACAGUAGGAAUUAUGGCCCUCUAUCCUCGUUGUGAUCAAGUAGAAAAAUUCCAUGUUUGGCUUUUUUUUUUUUUAUCUUGUGUAAAUUCUUUUUAUAAUUUUAGUUUUUCUCCUUCUCUGAAAGUAAACGUUUCACUUUGCUUGUGUAGAUGGGUAACAAGGGACUGUUAUUUAUGAGCAAUAUGCCUACUGUCCUAUAUAUUGGGAUAGCAUACAAAUACUGUAUUUGUCAUGUAAAGGCUGCAGCCCCAUCUACGAAUGCACAUGAUUUUUAAUCUCUAUAGAUGGCAAGCUUCUUCAGCUGCUUGAGAUCUCACUAAAUUGCCACCUCAUUACCUUUACAUUUUACCUGUAGCUGCAUUUAUCCUUUAAUUCUCUCUGGCCAUCACCUCCAAAUUUAUCCUGCUUCCUCUUGUUUCAAUUCCCCACAUGAACAUCUAAAUUGUUAGCUCAGGGGCUGUUUAGCCAAGUGCUCUGUAAAAAAAAAGACCUUCACUGGUUAGAUCUCAGCUCGGGCAGAGGCUUUAUCCUUUGUAUUAAACCGUGUGUAUUGUACUGUGGUUUUCCUCCCCCAGUUAUACAGCACUGCAGAAUGCGUUGGUGCUUUUUAAAUGCCAGUAAUGAUAUUGGUGACUUUAAAUUAUAAUUAUUGGUAUUUAUAUAGCAGCGCUUUACAGUAAGAAGGGAAUUUACCAAAUGAGACCAUAACAAAAUGUAACAAAAACAACAAAGUUGAGGAUCCUGCUCAAACGAGCUUAUUUAAAUGUUAUGCAGUUUGGUUUGAAGCUGGUUUAGUUAUUUCGAUGUUUAGAUUUCAGACAUAUGCCAAACUUGCAGUCAGUCUUUGAGUACAGUCUAGGUAUAUCUGGUUUGGUAAGAAAAGAAUGUAUUUAGGUCAGAUUACAGUUCAUCAAUGACCUUUUAAGGGCAUACAACAAAAUUAGUAUAUAAUGCAAAUACAUGGGAUUUAACAAUGCAGUAGUUACUAGACAUGCAAGUCUCUUAAAACAUUUUUUUUUUUACCAUCUAGAACUUUUAGAAUGUUAUAUAAAGUAGGUAUGCUGUACUUUCUAUUAAGACAACUAGACACACCCAGACCACUUAAUUCCAGUGAAUUGGUAAGGGUGCAUUGGUCCUUUAGUUUUAACCUUGCAAUGUAAAGCAUUCCCAUUUAGUACAUUUGACAAUGCUCACAUUGCAGGGUUAUAAGACUCUAGUGGCUGUCUGACAGCCAGUAGAGGCACUUUCACUGUGAGAAUGUGGUUCUUACACCUAAAUUUCAAUAGUUGUACAGCACUGCAGCACAUGCAAGUUUUUAAAAGUUAUUUUUUUUUUGUCCCCAUGGCUCCUUAAUGAGGAACAUUUUUAGAAGUUUAGGCGUGAUGUCGCAAGAUGCAAAUGGUGUUAUCCUAAUGUCUCCUGACACAUGGUCAAUACAAGGCUUCUGACAGUUGCUGUCCUUGCUAAUGCCCUUUUCAGCAUAGCAAUUGUUACACUAUGAAGUUUAAGUUUGUAAAGUGCCACCAAAUUCUGCAGCACUGUACAGUGGUGGGUGGAUUAACAAAUGGUUGCAUCAAGACAAGUUCAGCGCUGCAGAAUAUGUGGGAGCUUUAUAAAUCCCAGUAAUGAAUGAACGUACAGGAACAGCAAAGAAAAACUUUAUUUUAAAUACUCUUUUGGCAAAACCAUCUGAUUUUACUUUGAUGUAAUCUGCCUUUUUUUAAAAAAAUUUGUGGCAACAGUAAACAAGAAAUGUAAAAUAAAAUCCAAAUUAUAGCGAAUUCAUAUCCAUAAGCAAAAUUUAGACUUAAAUAGCAGAUCUGGAAAAAUAUUGGCUAUAGUCGCAGCUUGGCACCUUGUUUCCAAAUUUUGUUCAAAUUUAACUUGCUACAAACCUGAGUUUAAAGAUUAGAUCCCAAGAUUUCUUGUUGCGGAGGCUGUGUGUCUGUGUGUGUGUGUGAGUAUGUAAAGAGGUUUGUAGGUAAGCAUGUUUUUAAAUUUGAAUAAAUCUUUGUACAAUGACACUUGGAUUAAGUGAUUAUUUAGCUUUAUUUAAAAUGUUAUCUAAUAACGUGAUUGCUGAGCAGAGAACGUCUUCAGCCAUGGUAUUUUCUCUGUUCUUGAAGCGCCACCUAGGGAAGAUUCUCUGUAUUGGUAAAUUGUUUAAAUUUCACUUACGUUUUCGAUCUAAUGCGAUAACCUGGAUAGGAUUUGUUUGAAGCAUGUUGAAAAUCUUUUGUCUUUAUAAAACAUGAGCACAAUUACUAUGCGUAUGUGGCAAAGUGAUGAGUAGUAACAGAUUUUGUAAAAUUAUACAUUGAUGUCCAUGGAUUAGGGCUUAGACCAGGGGUGUCCAACCUGCGGCCCCCCAGAUGUAGCUGAACACCAGCUCCCAUGAUUCCCGGGCUAUCUGUUUCAUUGAAAGAAUCAUGGGAGUUGUAGUUCAGCAACAUCUGGGGGCCGUAGGUUGGACAGGCCUGGCUAGACUAAGGCUGACAAAUAGUUUUAGGAACCUAUUAAGAAACAUGCCUAAAAUGCAACCCUGUAUUAUAUGCACCACUAAUUGUGACAUGGAUAGGAGAGCGUGCAUGUUGGCUCUUUAUAAAUACCAGUAAUAAAUAAAAUGGAUCAUUCAGCUUCAUUAAAUAUUCAUAUUGAGCCCAUGUUUGUUCUUAUACACCCAAAUCAUUCUGAUUUUAUUUAUUUAUUAUAAAGCAAAUCCCUCCUGCUUCUAAAUAUUUUACUAUGGAAAAUCCAAAAGUACUAAAGACCGCUUCACAAAAUGAAAACAAGGGUCUCACAAUGCUUUUUUUUUUUGUUUUUAAAGAGGUAGGUUCAGUAAAGUUUUACUUUUACAUCUUUCUGUAGUGUUAAUUGUAAAUUACAUUACCUACCCUCUUACCACUUUUUUUUUUUUUUUUUGGAUUGCUGACUUAUUUCUAGUAAGGCUUCAUUGACCUUCUAAAUGAAGCCUUGGCUUACCACGGUUUCGGGGGGUGUGUGUUCUUGUUAAAUCACCUGUUUGUGUGUGUGCUUUAUUCUGCUACUUCUGUCUUUUGAACUCUGUGACCAGGGAGCAGUGCACGUGAUCUCUGAGCUCUGUGUAUAGAGAUCACCGCACAAGAUGUGUAACCAGUUGUGGUAUUUCCAACUAAAUCAUCUCCAAUCAUUGCAGUUUUAUGCUGUGUGUAAUGGGCUGUUUCUUUACAUACAUAUGUACAUGGAAUUCUUUCUAUCCAAGCCUUUCACGUGGAGGCAAAAGGAGCACAAUUAUGGUUUUCUGUACCCUACCUAAAAAAAAAUACAGAAUGCUUUGUAAUAGUAUCAUUUCUUUUUUUUUUUUUUUUUCAUCUCUCUACCUCCCCACUCAUAAAGCAGAGGUGUCAGAUUGCACCAGUUCUUUCUUCAGUAAGAACUUCCGUAAGGUUAGGUGUAAAAUGCACUUACCUAUACAUCUCUGUGCUGUCCAGGGCAGUGUUUUGGCCUUAUGAUACUCCAACCUCGCACGCGCCUUUGAAUAUGCUUUUGCUGUGUCAGGGAAGCCUAGAAUGCAGUGCAAAAUAAAAUUCAAAACUUUUCAAAUGAGAACUGACACAGCCUGCGUGGAAACAAAAUGGUUUCACUUUAAUCAGAUGUAACUUACUUUAAAAGUUUUUUUCUCCUGCUCUGUAAAUUUGGCUUUUUAUCAAACAGAGGAUGCUCCUGCAGGUUCUAUCAAGAUAUUAACAGAGCAGGAGAUUUAAAAAUCUAAAUUAUACUUCCUUUAUUGCAAAUUGUUUAAACAUUAGCUGACUCUUUACAGGAAGUGUUUAGGAAGGCUAUGCAAAUGGCAUGCAGGGAGGUGUGACUAGGGCUGCAUAAACAAAGUGAUUUAACUCUUAAAUGGCCAAGAAUUAAGCAGAGAGAAUGUAGAGUGAACUAUACAUCAAAACUGAUUAAGCUAAAGUUGUUUUGGUAAAUAUAGUGUCCCUUUAAUAGCUCCAAGUUAUGUGCUGUGAGAAUGUUAUAGUGUUGUUGCAAGGUGGUUGUUUGUGUUUGCCUUGGUAAUGGAGCACUAAUACUGUAGUUAAUAAAUAUGGUGCAAUUACCAACUGCUUUAAUGUGUUGAAAGUAAAACAGAGGACACUCAGUGCUUUAUAUUUAAUCUUUGUUUGCAUAUCUUGUUUUCCAUGCUUAUUUUUUAUUAUAUUGUCAUUUAGUUUUGUUUGUGUCCUGUUGGAUCAGCAAAUAAUUGCUGACUAAUUAUGACAAGUAACUAUCCCCUCCCACUCUUCCAAACAUGUGACUCCAAGUUCAAAAAAUGUCUUUUUAACCCCUUAAGGACCGAGGACGGUUCAGGACCGUCAUCGGCAUUUUUGCGUUGCCGACCGAUGACGGUCCUGAACCGUCCUAACGGUCAGAGCUACUUACCUGAUCGCCGUCGUUCCCCCGGCGGCGAUCAGCGUGGCUCCGGUUGUGGGGAGACUGCCUGCAGCCCAGACAGUCUCCCCACGGCAGAUUAGGACCCCUGUGGCCAUGUGAUCGCUUAACACAGCGAUCACAUGGUCACAAUAGGUGUCCAUGUGUCUGCCUGCAGGGGGACUGUCUGUGCUGACAGGCAGUCUCCCUGCUAGUGUAAAAUCAAAAAAUAAAUUAAAGUUAGUGUUAAUAAAAAAAAUAAAAAUAAUUAUAUAUGUGUAUAUAUGAUAUAUAGACAUAUAUUAUACCUAUAUAAUAUAUGUCUAUAUAUCAUAUAUAUAUAAUGUCAUACUAAGUGUAUUUUUAUAUUAACAUGUACUUAUAUUAAUAUAAAAAUACACUUAUAAUUAAAUUACACACGUAUAUAUAUAAUAUAUAUAAUAACUAUAUAUAUUGUAUAUAUAUAUUAUUAUAAAAUAUAAAUAAGUAAUUUAAAUUAAAUACAUUUUUUUUUAAAUAAUAAUAAAAAAUUAAAAAAAAUUAUAUAGCUAUAUGAAAUUUUAUUCUAACUGUAUUUUAAAAUUAAUAUAUAUAUAUUUAUAUCAAAAUACACUUAGAAUGAAUUUGUAUAUAUAUCUAUGUAUAUAAAAAUAAAUAAAAAUAAUAAGAAAUAUACAUACGUCCAUAUACAAAAUUACAUAAAUAAUUAUAUAAAUAUACACGUAGACUUCAAAUAUAUAAAUAUGCAUAUAUAUUUAAAUUCUACGUGCGUAUUUAUGUAAUAUUUUUACAUAAUUCAGUAAUUUUAUUGAUUGCAAUUUGAGGGACCUGCCUGCCAACCCAGGCCAAAAUUCCAGAGAAUUUAAUUUGCUAACACUGUAUUUUACCCUGUAACGUUCUACGACACCCUAAAACCUGUACAUGGGGGGUACUGUUUUACUCGGGAGACUUCGCUGAACACAAAUAUUAGUGAUUCAAAACAGUAAAACAUAUCACAGCGAUGAUAUUGUCAGUGAAAGUUACUUUUUUUGCAUUUUUCACACACAAACAGCACUUUUACUGAUGAUAUAAUUGUUGUGAUACGUUUUCCAGUUUUUAAACACUAAUAUUUGUGUUCAGCGAUGUCUCCCGAGUAAAACAGUACCCCCCAUGUACAGGUUUUAUAGCAUUUUUGAAAGUUACAAGGUCAAAUAUAUGGGUCAAAUAUUUUUACAUUGAAAAUGGCCAGGUUGGUUACGUUGCCUUUGAGAGCGUAUGGUAGCCCAGGAAUGAGAAUUACCCCAUGAUGGCAUACCAUUUGCAAAAGAAGACAACCCAAGGUAUUGCAAAUGGGGUAUGUCCAGUCUUUUUUAGUAACCACUUGGUCACAAACACUGGCCAAAAUUAGCGUUCAAUUUAGUUUUUUUACUUUUUUCACACACAAACAAAUAUGAAUGCUUACUUUGGCCAGUGUUUUCGACUAAGUGGCUACUAAAAAAGACUGGACAUACCCCAUAUUGAAUACCCUGGGUUGUCUACUUUUAAAAAAAUAUGUACAUGUGGGGUGUUAUUCAGAGAUUUAUGACAGAUAAUAGUGUUACAAUGUCACUAUUGAUAAAUUUUAAAAAUGUAUGUUUUGAAACCGCAAUAUCCUACUUGUACCUAUAGCCCUAUAACAUGCAAAAAAAAAAGCAAAAAAGCACGUAAACACUAGGUAUUUUUAAACUCAGGACAAAAUUUGGAAUCUAUUUAGCAGUUUUUUUCAUUCGCUUUUGUAGAUGAGUAAAAGAUUUUUCAAGUAAAAGUAAAAAAACAUGUAUUUUUUUUCAUUUUUCAUGAUAUUUUUUUAUUUUUUUUAAAUUAAAAUACAUGAGAUUAUAUAAAUAAUGGUAUGUAAAGAAAGCCCCUUUUGUCCUGAAAAAAACAAUAUAUAAUUUGUAUGGGAACAGUAAAUGAGAAAGCGGAAAAUUACAGCCAAACACAAACACCACAAAAGUGUAAAAAUAUGCCUGGUCGCAAAUGUACAACAUCGCAAAAACAGUCCAGUCCUUAAGGGGUUAAUUCUUCAAUAAUUGUCUAUUUUUCUAUGUUUUUGCAACCCCCCUUUUCUCCAAUAAGCGAAUUUUUAAUUUAGCAAAUGUGUAGUUAGUUGUAUAUUCCUAAAGCAGUUUCAUAAUGCAAUGCCCUGAACUUUAAAGUGUGAAUCCUAAACCUAAAUUAAACCUUUUCUGUUCAAACUUAAAAUCAGUGCUCUAUAUAUUCAUACUAUAAAUAACAAUUUGCCUAUUCCUUUUGGCCUUUAUAAGCGUAUAGAUUUGCUUUAUUUUUUUGUUUUUGUGAAGUAUUCCAUAAUCGGAAGCAAUUUAUGUUCUGUGCCAAACCUCUGUAAAUGUCACUUUCUACUAUACAUGUGUUAAUUUAGUAUUGAAUCUAUUUCCUAACUGCACAAAAGUAAUGUUUAAAGCAGUCGUAUAAAAGUAUUGCCUGCCCAUUUAUUUACUCAGGUUUGAUGUGGUCCUGUUCAAUAUAAAUCCCUGAUGAAUGUGCUUUAUACAGAAUUUCUAUAUUGUCUGUCACUCUGUCUGUAGAAUGUGCACCAUGGUAGGUUAAGUCCACAGCAGCUGCAACCUUAUGUGUUUUUAACUGGAAGAAAGGCAAAUACUUCCUCCCUGGCAAUUGAAUGGUUACAUUGGGUCGCCUGUUAGUAACUGCAGCAACAUAUGCUGUCUUUCUACAGCUAUUGCAUGAAACCUGUCAAUCAAACAAGACAAGUGGCUGGCAGGGGUUUGUGAGAGUUGAAAUACAAAAAUUUAAAUCUGCCUUAUUUCUUCUUCAUUAAUAAUGUUAACAUUUAGAAGUUUAAACCCACCUCCUCCUCCCCUCGAUACUAUGUUUAUAUAGUGGGGACCUCAAUAAGAAUUUCAAUAGGAUUAUUAUAUUUUUCCUGAUGCAAAUGAGCAAUUUCUAUUAAUAUAUAAAUUUUCAUUAAAGGAACACUAUAUAGUCACCUAAACAACUUUAGCUUAAUGAAGCAGUUUGUGUUGAUUGAGUAUAGAUCAUGCCUCUUAGGUUUUACUGCUCAAUUCACUGCCAUUUAGGAGUUAAAUAACUUUUUCUUUUUAUGCAGCCCUUGCCACACCGCCCCUGGCUAUGAUUGACACAGCCUGCAUGGGAAAAAAAAAAACUGGUUUCACUUUCAAUCAGAUGUAAUUUACUUUAAACAAUUGUAUCUCUUGCUCUGUAAAUUGAACUUUAAUCACAUACAGGAGGUUCUUGCAGGGGAUAAGAAUCUAAAUCAAACAGAACUUGCAAUAAAGGAAGGAUAAACUUUAGAUGGCUCUUUAUAGGAAGUGUUUAGGAAAGCUGUGCAAGUCACAUGCAGGGAGGUGUGACUAGGGUUCCUAAACAAAGUGAUUUAACUCACAAAUGGCAGAUAAUUGAACAGUGAGGCUGCAGGGGCAUGUUCUAUAUACCAAAACUGCUUCAUUAAGCUAAAUUUCUUUUGAUGACUGUAGUGUCCCUUUAACUUAAACCCUUUUGUAAUUUUAUUGAUUAAAAACAAAAAUUCCUCGUAAUACAACUGUUGAAGCUGGCAACAUUAUUCAUUGGUUAACCUUAUGAUUGGUAGUCAUAUUCAGUCCUUUGUUUCAGCUUUGUGUUCCAGACUCUUGCAAGUGUGAACCACUUUCAUUCUGUGUGCAUAGUUGCAUCCCCCCACCCCCCUUCAGAGCCUUUUUUUUUUUUUUUCUGCGUGCAUAGUUGCAUCCCCCCCUUUCAGAGCCUUCUUUCUGCUUGUAUUUUUUUUCCUUCACGAGGCUUGGUGUGUUCUAGUUUUUAUGAAUGAAACUCCAGUUCAGAAAGACAUCUGUGGUACGACAAGCGAGGGAGUAGAGCACGCACAAAUGCUGCAACUUAACACAAGUGACUUUCUCCAGCUUAGAUUUAGCAAGACAGAAAACAAACAAAUGCUUAUUUUCAGCUCCUCCUCCUGAAUUGCAGUCUUACCAGCUCAGCUUGGAUUCUCUCUGAUUAGAAGGGAACUGGAUAAGAAGAUUGCUGUGGAACAGCUGAAGAUGCUUUUAUUUUAUAUUUUUGGUGGGUGGGGGGUUGUGUGACCACAGAAAUGGUACAGCUCAUCCUUUUUUCCUCCCCCACACACUUCCUAAACAGCUAGUGUCAUGUAGCCAGUACAGUUGCUUUCCAUGUGCAGGCACAUUAUAAUUCAGGCUUGUUUAGCAAAUGUUUUCAAAGUGCAUUCAGAAAGAGUGGUGAGCUAUAAACUGGUACCAAAUGCCACCCGUUUCUCUCCUGUCCAAAUUGACGUGCGAGAUGUAAAUACAUUUCUUUCUAUGAACAUCUUGCAUAACCACUUACUCUGAAGGAACUCCAGCGAUCGGAGCCGUAUCGCACAACUUGCUUUUAAAAGGGUUAGACUGACUCGUAUCAUUGUCCGAAAUUACCUAGUAUUAUUGCUGCUUAUACACACAGCAGUUGGAAACUGCAUUUCGUUUUUAAGAGAUUGUAGAGGAUUCAUAAGAAAAGCACAGUCUUUCUACAUUUAUUGGAUGGUCACACAAUUCUAGUCCUAGGGACCUCUGGCCUGUUACAUUGUGAUCCAUUUACACACGUUAUUGGUUUGUUUUGAUUUAUUGCGAUCUGUGUUCCAGGAUUUCAUUGUGUUUUGUUUUUUGUUUUUUUUUCUUUCUUAAUUUUGAACUUCAUUUGAAAAAAGUUGCUUAGUUCAUUUGUGUAUGUAUAUUAAACACUAAUUUUGUAUUUGCGGUUAUUCAUGCUAAAUAUUGGAAAUUGUCACUUUGUAUUGUGCCACUUGCCUGGUAAACUUAGCAGUAAAACAUUUGAAGUCCAUUGUUUUCAAACUUUCCGCUGGCAAUAAAUUAUUGUCUACCACCAGUAGUGUUUUUUUUUUUUUUGUGCCAGAAAGCUAGCGUAAAAAUUUAACUUGCGCUUACUGACAACAGAGCAGAUGCAGCAUUACAGGAAGUGCUCGUCUUGUCUGGUGUCUGACACAUUUUUAUUAUGUUUUUCUUACUGGUGAUGCUUGUGUGUGUAGAUGUAUAAUCACAGUGUCCACUUUGCAUUUGUACAGCACCAACUUAUUCAGCACAGCUUUACCAUAUUAUAAUGAGGGAAAUUUUCAAGAAUAAAUGAGACCGUUGCAAAGUGUUGCAGGAACAAUGGGUUGAGGACCCUGUUCAAAUCAAACAAGCUUCCUAUAUCAUUAUUAUUAUUGCCAUUUAUAUAGCGCCAACAGAUAUCUGUAGCGCUUUACAAUAUCAUGAGGGGGAUUUAACUAUAAAUAGGACAAUUACAAAAAACUUACGUGAACAAUAGGUUGAAGAGGACCCUGCUCAAUCGAGCUUACAUUCCUUAGUAUGUUCUUACUAGCAGCUGAACCCUUUUAAAGAGAGGAAAUAUAUUUUUGACUCCAUGCAUAGCUUUUCCAACUAAGUUGACCUCAGUUUAUUUUUUUUAUUUUUUUGUCAACCCUCCUUGUUAUCCUGGUCUUUGUGCCUGCUUUGCAUAGUCGGCCUUGGUGAUCUUUUUAUCUUGGGUUAGUUUUGCAAUUGACUGACUUGGAAGUAGAUAUGGCUUUAAUAGCAAUUCAGUUGUAUAUAGUUAAAGAUGGCUCUUUAUUGGGGAAAAAUAAAUAAUUGGCGUUAUUAACACUGGAAUUCUGUUUUGCAGCUGCCUCUAUCCUUUUUUGUAUUGCAUUUUGCUUUGUUUGGUCAUGUAACCUGUGCAAGGCUAAAACCUUCUGACUCUGCCUUUUCUUUGAUCUGCAUAUAGAAUAACCUUGUUCAAGGGUUGAACUGUGCACUCCGCCACAUUUCUCUCUAAAUGUGUGCACACCGCCCUGGUUGUUAGAUCGUUUGUUUUAUGUAUUUUUGUUCAAUUAUUUACAAUAUAACUAAGUUUAUUCAAUCAAAUCAAAAUGGCAAACUGGGACCAUAGUUAGGCUGGAAUCUGCUUUUUUGCUCCAAAAUGUGCAAUUUAGAUAUUGACUAGAAUUUGGCAUUUAGUGAAUAAAUUCCAUUUAUAUGCCUUCUUGUCAUACAUGCAGUUUUUUCCCUCAUGUGCAUGCUUUUAAAUUUAUGCACAAGACACAAGUGACCAGAUCCAUGUUCAGAGACCAUUUAAAUGUGUUGGUCAUUUAACACAAAGUGACACAAUCUUAAUGUUAAAAACUGCCCAUCUGGUAUGCCAAUGAUAUUCAGCAAAAAAAGGCAUAAUUUUUUUUAAUUUUAUACAUUCGUUUUUUGUUUUUUUUUUUACAUGAAUACUUGUAAUGCUUUUGAAGGAAAAUCUAUCAAAUUGUCUUCCACAUUAUAUAGAAUGUUUAUUCAGCAUGAACUAUUGAUUAGGUAUGUAGCAGGAGGCUGUAUGUUCAUGUGAUAGUUAUAUUUUUAGUAAAUGAAAUUCCAUUAAUCCAAGUUAAUGGAACUUUUUUUAUUUAGAGAGAACAUGCACUUUUUCACAAUAAAAAAAAAACCAACUUAGAAAAUAAAGUUCAAAAAAAGACAUUGACCCCAUUGUUGUACACACAAUGUACACUUUUUUAAUUUGCAUAUCUGCAAACAGGAGUGAUCAACCUAUUAAACGAUAGUUCACCUUGCAAUAAAUUCAUCAUGAUAUAUGUAUUUCUGAUGGUGUAUAACAAAAGCAGUUCUUGUCUGACUGUUAAGUCUUCAUAUUUAGAAUGUUUCUGAUUAGUUUAACAACCAGGUUGUAAAAUGGUUUAAAAUUAUGCUUUAAAUAAUCUGGCUAGUGUUUUUAAGUCUAAUUUCAAUGUAAAUGGUGCCCUGUAUAGCAUGGCUCAACAUAUAAAUUCCGUGCACCCUCCAGGCUAGAGUGGCUUGUAACUUUUUAAGUCUUUCUGGUAACCUUGGACUUAAAAUCUGAAUGCAUGCUAAACUUUAUUAGGAUCCAAUUUAUGGGAUAGUUACUAUACAGCAGUGCUUAAAAAUUUGAAGUGCUGUAUUUAUUCAGGGUUUUUAAAAACCUAAUCCACGUGCUUGAGUUGAGCCCCUAUUUUGUUUUUGUGUGUGUAUAUAUAUGUGUGUAUAUAUAUAUGUGUGUGUGUAUAUAUAUGUGUGUAUAUAUAUAUAUGUGUGUGUGUGUGUGUGUGUGUGUAUAUAUAUAUAUAUAUAUAUAUAUAUAUAUAUAUAUAUAUAUUUAUUCCUACCUAGCACACUCACAAACUGUCCCCUUAGAUCAAUUGUGAAACUUUGCCUGCAGAUUGUGGAUUCAGUGAACUUUCUGAACUAAUCCUACUCGGUUAAUGUUUUAUAAAUCUAUAAUCUUGAUAUUAAUUUUUGUCAAGAUCUCUUGACGUAUCUUAUUAUUUUUCUGUUUUCGUGCUACCUCAUUGUGUCUAGACCACAAUAAAAUAUAUUUUUCUUUGUGAAUCGUGUAUAGAAACUGUUUGGUGACUUUUGUCUUGUUGUUCCAAUGUAUAAAUAUUUAUAAGUUGGGACAGUUUUUAUAAAACUGACAAACUCUGGCUGUGACUAAAGGACUCCACAAUAACUCUGCAAUUUUAGUUUUGCAUUUAAUGAACCAAUAAAAUGUAAACAAUAUGGUUCUAAUAAAUGAAGCAUUGCUGAAUACAAAAUCUUGAAAUUAAACUUUUUGAUUUAAAACAUUUUAAGGAUCACAUUUAUUUGAAACCAUGGAUGCAUUGUUAGCAUAUAAACCCAGAAUAGAACAGAAGUUUUGUGUACAGAUUGCUUUUCUGAGAAAUAUAAAAAUUAAAAUUAUGUAACGAUUACGCAAUUUAUUUUUUUUACUUAUUCAUUCAGCUUUUAUGAAAAAAAAUGUCAAAAUAUUUGGGAAAUUACAAGAUUUAGACCAUAUACAGUGUUUUUAUCUAGCAAUAUUUCACUCAGGGACCACAUGGUGGGAUAAAUAUAUCUGGUUAUUAUGUUAAUGUGGCAACUCUACUCCUUCUAGUAGCUCUAUACCGGACAACCGCUAGAUGCUUUUUAACCAAAUGUAGAAAUUGCAGUUUCUCAAAAAUGGCAAUAUGCUACUUUGUUGGAGAAAAGGGACAGCAACUGUGCACAAAACAUUUGGUGCUUAAUUUCUUUUUAAGGGUCAUUUAAGGUUGGAGUUGACCCAUCUCUUUUAAAAUCAUUAAAUGGUUAAUGCAUGAAAAAUACUUAUUUGACAUUCUUGUUUUUUCUUAUAAACCCCCCAAAGUCUUCAGCUUCUACAGUUGGCUGUGCUCAGACCAGGAAGCAACCAGGCAAAAAAAACUCUGCUCUAUUAAAUGUGUAUUUUUUUUUUUGUUUGUUUUUUUAAAUGCAAUACUGGUCUUAUCCCACAAAUCACUUCUAGCAUUUCUUCAUUGUUGCAAAAGAUUUAAUUGAACCUCAGCUUUGGCUGCCACGCUGCACACUAUGAAUCCUCCAUGUUCCAUUUUGCGUAUUAUCUUGCCUUUCUUAGACUUCCAAUACUUCCUGCCCUUUAUUUAAAUCAUGCACACAAACAUCAUUUAUUGAUCUUUCCAUACACUUUUCUAUGCAUCCCCCAUAUCCCUUCAAUCAUUCCCAUCCCCCUUCCACUUGGCACUGUGCUGUUCUUUUUUCCUGCUGCAAUCUUGCAUCCCUUAAAGCUAGCAAAAUCCCGCCCUUAACAUCACCUUUUUUCCCAUCUCAAUUGUUUCGCUCCCACUCAUUUCAUACCAACCACUUUUUCCCACCAUACUGCAACACUAUCCAAGUCCAGUUCCUUUAAAGGAACACUAUAGUCUCCUAAAUUACUUUAGCUAAAUAAAGUAGUUUUAGUGUAUAGAUCAUUCCCCUGCAAUUUCACUGCUCAAUUCACUGUCAUUUAGGAGUUAAAUCAUUUUGUUUCUGUUUAUGCAGCCCUAGCCACACCUCCCCUGGCUAUGAUUGACAGAGCCUGCAUGAAAAAAAAAUGGUUUCACUUUCAAACAGAUGUAAUUUAUCUUAAAUAAUUGUAUCUCAAUCUCUAAAUUGAACUUUAAUCACAUACAGGAGGCUCUUGCAGGGUCUAGCAAGCUAUUAACAUAGGGGAUAAGAAAAUCUUAAUUAAACAGAGCUUGCAAUAAAGAAAGCCUAAAUAGGGCUCUCUUUACAGGAAGUGUUUAUGGAAGGCUGUGCAAGUCACAUGCAGGGAGGUGUGACUAGGGUUCAUAAACAAAGGGAUUGAACUCCUAAAUGGCAGAGGAUUGAGCAGUGAGGCUGCAGGGGCAUGUUCUAUACACUAAAACUGCUUCAUUAAGCUAAAGUUGUUCAGGUGACUAUAGUGUCCCUUUAAUUUUUAAUUGUCCAUAUUGGCAAGGCUAGAUUUCAUUUUACCCUCUCACCUAGCUACUUUUCACUUGAAUCUAUAGAUCUUUUAGUCUUUUUAAAAAUAAAUUUUUAAAAAUCACACUGCCCAACCCCCUGUGACCAAAUACCACACACAUUUUCUUUUCUUUUCUUUCCUUCCCCCGUUCCUCCGUAUGUAUGAAUGUCUCCUCCAGGCUUGACUAUUCCAUCUUCCCUCACUCAUGCAAAAGGGCAAUCAUUAAGCAUUGUCUUUAAAUCAGCUGUUGAUGUAGCCCUCUUAUCUUCUGGUCCACCAUUACUUCAAUUAAUAUAGUUUAGGUUUCUGAAUUUAGGAAUGUACUGUGAGAAAUUAAAAAUGAGAAAUUAAAGAUUAAGAUGUCUCAUUAUUGGGGUACAUACACUUUUUUAAAUUACAUUUUUAAAAUUUUCUGCUUUCCAUGCAAUAAUGUAGGAAGCGGUUUUAUAGUGCCCUUGUGUUCACUGAGAAUCCCAGUGAGGAAAUCUGCAUUCCCAUUACUUAAAAAUAAAAAAAAUCUAUAAAAAUUUACUUAUCCCUUCUAUUUUGGAAAAUGUAUGUGAUGUGUGAAAAAUAAAAUGUAGCGGUCAAAAUUUUUAACAAAAAAUUUACAAUUCUUUCAAUGCCAGUAUAGGUCUUUUCUGCAGCUCAAUCAUCUCCUGGAGUCGUGAAGCAUGAUUUAAUGUUUUUUCAUUUUAUUCAGAUGUUUCUCAUAUAAAAGCAUUAAGGAUAUGUUGCAUGUAUGACAAUUGUCAUCGUCUGGAAAUCUGAUGCUUCUCAGACAAGCUCUGAAUUCAUUGCUUCUUAUCUAGAACCAUAAGACAUACAUUGCCUGGUGUCUGCAUGCUUUGCCCACAUAUACUGAAUGUCAGCUUCAGUAGUUGAGUAGCAAAAUAUUCAGUGUUCUCUCAAGCUGCACUGUUCAUUUGCAAGGCUGCAGAUGCAGCAUCCAUACCCCAAAACCACUUCAUUAGGACAAAGUGAUUUUUGUUUUUUAGACUCUUGGGCAAUCUAGUUCUUUGCCCAGUGGUAUACUUUCCAAAUUUUAAAUUGUUACUCUUCAUUCAAUUAAAUCAUGUCUUAUUAUUGUAGCCACAGCAUUUGUUUUCACAACCCGGUCUUUAUUUAACUUAUUUAUUACUGGUAUUUAUAAAGCACCAGCAAAUUCUGCAGCGCUGCACAGUUAGUGGAGAACGUACAAUAUACACAAAUACAAAAGGUAGAGAGAGGCCUGCCAGUAAGCUGACAUUUAAGCUCUUUUAUACAAAGUGCUUAGCUACAUGGCCCGUGAGCUUACAAUCUAAAGGGUACUGUGGGAAUUUGAGACAAGAGGUAGCAUGGGCUUAAACAUGGGAGAUACCUAUAUUGCCACAUAUAGUCCUAGGUAAUUAUUGCCAUGCUAGGGCAGAGUUGAUAUAAGAACAUCCCUACUGCUCUGUUCAAAGGUAGCAUAUGCAUGUUGCCAAUGCAUCACACAACCCUACAGUAGCCAAACGUAAGUAGAUCAGGUUGGUUUUUUUCCUCCUCCUUACAGUUGUCCUAAACUGGAGUAUUGUGUCCUCAUGGUUUGUCCCUGUAGGUUGUGGAUAAUCUUGUUUUGAUUUAUUUGUAUGUGUGAUUACAUUCAUGCUAAAUCUUCAAUUCAGCUUUGGAAAGACAAAAACAUGGUUAAUGUGAGCUCAUAUUCUGGUUGGUUGUCUUUAUUUUUUUGUAAAAUUUUCUUUUCUUUCUUCAUUGUACUGCUCUGCAUUAAUCCAUUUCCUGCUUCGUUGUUAAGCUACCAACUCUAAAAUACUUCCUUUUCACUCAUGACAUGGUUGCUGCCCACAGAAUCAAUACUAUUUACUAUUUUCUGCAGUGUUCAGCUUUUUUUUUUUAUCCCCCUUUUAAUCUGAUGUGGGGCAUCUUCCUAUCUGACUUGUAUUCCACAAGCCUGUACUAUCUUGUGCCACAUGCAAAAUUCAAAGCUGGUAUUACUCCUAAGUUAUAGCGUCUACACGUUACAAAAAAGUUUUACACAAAUAGCUUUGUUUUAAACUGGGGGUGAUUUAAGCCAAGCAUUAGUGCUUUUGGUUCUGCUGCUCCUCAAUUGGAUUACUCUUGAAAGCUAAAAUUAACCACAUUUGUAGUUAAUUGUAAGCAAGCAAAUUAAUACCAAUUACAUGCAAUUUAACUUUGUGCUGUAUAAUUACAAACACACUUUUUAUUAGUUCAUUGUCUUCACUUCAUUAUGCAUUCUGGCUGUAAAAGGUGUUGGUGUGUUUUCGGUGAAUAUAAGCAAGGGUUAUGUUUCACAUUUACAAAACUCCAAAAUAUCUACUUUUGGAAAUGGCAGAUUAUAGUGAGGUGCGUACAGCAGAUAGUGUUUUAGUGCAUUAUUGCUGGGUGAGGCAAAUUGUUUGGAUUUUUUUUUUUUUUUGGAUACUAGUUUACGGAACACAAAAUGGAAUUGUGCAGCAAGGCUCCUGUUUGGUAUGUGAGAUCCUAUGGCAACAUUUGCACUGGAUUACUGUUAAGCACUGCACUUCUCCCUGAUCCUGCCAUACAAUGCACAAAGAAUGUGUUUGGACGAGCCCAUCCAUAGAUCUUAAAGCGUUUUAUGUCGUGUUUCUAAAUGGAGAUGUUGUCUUUUGUACAAGCAGAACCAGAAAAAUGUAACACUUUUUUUUGUUUUUUAAUAUUUUUGAAGGGAAUUGUGUAGCAAAUUGGGGCUUUACUAAGCAGUUGUAUUUCUACAAAUGUAGCAAAAGGGUUUAUAGGACUACAAAUAAACAUGUGGGUGGUUUUACUGUUGUAAAAGGAAAAACAAAUUACAAAAAUACUCUUUUGCGAGAGGCUCAGGUCACACAUAUCCAGAUGGUCUUUGUUUUUUAAGGAAGAGAGGGAAUCCUAUCUAUUGCUCUAGGCGUAGUAGCCCUCUGUUUUCCUCUCCUCCCACACCCCCUCCAGCACUGCUAUUCUGCAGGGCAGCUGGGCCAUUGCAAAUGGCAGCAAUGCCCCUCCCAGCUCAGUAUUCCUCAGGCAAUAGGAAUGAGGAAUGUGAAAUUUGAAGUAGGCAUUCCAUUGCCUUCCCGCCCCCCAUCAAUCAAUGAAGGGGAUUCUCACUUGCAUGGAGACAGAACUGAGCUAUUCAGAAACCUGACCCCUUUACAUUUUCAGCAGCUCAGAAUCUCCCUCUACAAAUUGCAUUAAAGGUCUGUGAGUGUAUAAAUAGGAAAUGGAUUUACUUCAGGGCUUUGAUUGGCAUUAUUUACCAAUUGUAACUGGUGUACUAUAUAUAUUUACAAGGAUUUUAAUGGGUCACGGUUGCCUACCCCUGAUCUAGAUAGUGGUGCAAAUAUGAUGGCACUUGUAAAGUUUAUUCUAUUUUAUAAGCGGUUAUAGUGAAGACCUUUUGGAUCUUAGACUGCUGCUUGACUGUAAAACCUUUUUAUUUUGCUCACAAUGAUAUGGUGUUUUAACGUUUCUGUGGGAUGUAACGUAUCAUUGUAAAUGUUUGUCAAUUUGCAAUAAAACAAAAAUUCAAAUUAUAUGCUUAAUUAAAUUUCAUAUUUUUUUUAUUUUUUUUUAACAGGUCUUGGACAGUCUUUUAGCGCAGUAUGGAACAGUCGAAAACUGUGAACAAGGUACACAAUCUGUUAAGAUCAUUGUUUAUUUUAAAAUCUAUAAAUUCGAAUGUGUUAAUACCAUUCUUUUUUUUUUUUCCUCUCCGUAGUGAAUACUGACACAGAGACUGCUGUAGUGAAUGUAACAUAUGCCAAUAAGGAGCACGCAAGACAGUAAGUAUAUUAUGGUGUGCAGAAUGCUUGAUGAUACCAUUGUGAAACCUGUUUGUGUAUUGUAACACUUUAGAAACCAGAGUAUGACCUUUGUCUUGUAUACAACCGCCCUCAUGUGUUCAUUAAUUAUUGUGAGCUGCAGAGCCAGAUAAAUUGGCAGUGUGAUGCAGGAUGACUAUGGCUGUGUGUCAUGUAGAACAGUGAAUUUAAAAUCUACCAGUAUCCAUUUUCUCGCUGUACACAGUGCUGGAUCUGUAUGGAUGCUGUAGCCAUUCCACUCUGCUUCAACACAUGGCUGAGAGUAUUUGUAAUUUUAUUCCCCACCCAUUUUACCACUACAUAGCAAGGAUGCAGUGCUUGUGUGUAAAGCAGGAACGCACUUGGCUUGGAAAUUCCUGCCACCUAGUGGCUGUCAUGAGUAUUGACAGCACUCGCAUGGAGGUAAUAUGGAAUGGUUUGGUGUCAGUGAGCUUAAUGAGCCGCCUUGUCCUGCUUUAAAUCCAAAUUUUGCAAAUGUAUUUUAUUUUUGUUUAAUCUCAAAAUGUCUCUUGCAUCUUUGAGGAACAGCUGGAGACAGAAUUGUUGCUUGAUGGAGAACUAUUGCUAAUCAUUUCAGAAGAUAAGUUUACACCUGAAAGCCCUUCUAGCUGCUCUGCAUGACUUGCUGGGCAUCAUGCAGUCCAUAUGAGAGGUUACUUGUACAACAAAUGGUGUAACUUUGUUUAACUCUGGUAAACAGUGAGCAGCCAGAGUAGGGGUAUAUUAUUUACUAAUACUAAGUAAUUUUUACUUGGUAUUAGUAAAUGUGGCUGAAAGACAAAUUUAGGUCUUUCAGCCUUUUAGUAGAUAGCUCCCUGAUACCGUGGGAAUUAGGGAGUUAUCUACUAAGCGGCUGCAAGGUGCAGCCACAGCAUGAAUAGGAUCAGUUUCAUUCAUUCGCAUGAAAUUGCGAUCCGAAUAAAGUGCCGAAUUGCGUUCUAAAAGAAACGAACAUACUGUUCUCAUUCAGUUAGAACGCAAUUCGGCAGUUUCGUGUAAAGUGACAGGAAGCAUCGCGGGAACACAGAGGGAAGGUAAGGAUCAUGGGAAAAUUGCUCUGACCAGCGGAAAUGAAGCACACUUUGCUCCUCUGCUGGUCAGAGCUGGUCAAGCGGAGGAAUCCUCCAUAAGGCAAAGAGUCCCUACUUUGUCUUAUGAUUUUAAAGAAAACUAAAGACAGGAAGAAAAGAACAGAUCCUGAGAGAGGGGGAGAAGAGGAAGAGUUUGAGGAAAGGUAAGUUUGGCAUGACAGUGCCGCUUUAAGUAUUGUGCUAUCUCAUUAGAAGUGCUUACACUCUUGCAUCUGGACAUUAUGCCGUCUGGGUGCAAGGCUGAUGAAUUGCAGGAUUGACCAAUAAUUUGACAGGGGUGGGUUGCAAGGCUGACGGAUUGCACCAAAGGGGAGACAGACCACAACAAACUGCAGCGUUAGAAUAAGCAUGUUCUAAUCGUGAGACUUGAAUCCAGGGUUUCAUAAGCUCUGCAAAGGCUGCUUGGAGAAAUAGCCUUGGAGGUCACAAAUGGAGAUAAAUAUAUUUUAUUCUGAGUUGUUGCCACUGCAUCUAAAUUAAAGCACUGUCAAAUGCACGCCAAAGAUCGGAGAUCUGGCUCUUUGACAGCUGGCACCAAGACCGCUAUGGAACCAGGUGGCAUGCUUGGCAACCACCAGUAAGAGUUCCAGCUGCAGCUAACUGCACCAAAGCAGAACAUUUUCAAGUUAGACACCUCUAAAGGCUGCAGUACAUGUGACAGUGGUGUUGGUUUUCUGCCUAAGUUAUGGAAGUAGACGUGUGUGAUCUAAAAGUACAGUAGUUUAGCAGUCGAGAUGUCCAAUCCAUAGCUGAAGUGCUUUCAAGUUAUAAUCUUUAAUACUGCUAUAAUUUUGAAUAUCCUUGCUUGAAUCUGUUUUGUUCAGUGAAGGAAAAUGUUAACAGGGCUUAAAAUUUAGGUCCUGUUCCUCUAGCUCUUCUAUAAUUUGUAAUCCACUGCAAGCAUGGAGAUUCUAUUCACCAGGGCUGAUUUUUCACUCAAAUAGUGUGAAGUGCGAAUUUUUGAGCCCUGUGUCAGUAUAAAUUCUUGUCCACUGUGUAAAUGACCUAUUUGGCUAGGGAGAGACCUGUACUGUAGUGGUUAUGGUGCUUGGGGUGUUCCUUUUGUUUUUAUCUUCUGGUAAAAUAUAUAGCCAAAAUGUUAUACUGAAGUUGAGGGGUAUUAUCCCUCUGGCCAAGUGUACAUGUUAUGGAAUAGGCUUUAUAUCCAAGUUUGAAUGCUUUUCUAAUCCAACUACUGAAUGCAUAAUAUCUUAAUUUCUUUAAAUUAGGGGACUCGAAAAACUGAACGGUUACCAGCUUGAAAAUUACUCACUGAAGGUAACUUAUAUUCCUGAUGAAAUGGCCACACAACAAGCACCCUCUCAGCAACUACCGCAACAGCCGCAGCAGCAACACCCACAAGGGAGGCGAGGGUUUGGGCAAAGGGGGCCACCCAGACAGGGGUCCCCUAGUGCUGCUGCAAGACCUAAACCUCAGUCAGAGGUUCCACUGCGAAUGCUGGUCCCCACUCAAUUUGUAGGAGCUAUUAUUGGAAAGGAAGGAGCAACAAUCAGGAACAUCACUAAACAAACUCAAUCAAAGUAAGUAUCUUUCAUUUGCUACACUGCUUAAUAACCCAGCACAUAAAAUGUCUCCCGGAUAUAUUAAGAUGGCUAUUGGUAAAAUAUACCGAAUAGAACUACCUAUAUUAAAUGGGAGUAACAAAAUAGGAAUUCCUUUUGAGUGCCUAGUUGGUAUGACACAUUUUACUUGGUAGUCAAUCGAGCCAGAAUAGCUGGUAUCUUGUACUUGUAUAUGGGGAAGGCCGGGAGAUACACAAGAAGUCUAGGCUUUAAUAUAAUUGUAAUAUAGAAAUUUUGGAGCAAAGGAAGCGUAGCGGUUUAAUUCCUUAUAGAUCAAAACCUGGUCUUGAACUCCUUAAAACCGGAGGGUGUACUAUUACGCCCUAUUCUAAGCGGCUCUAAACACCGGAGGGCGUAAUAGUACGCACUCCGUUUUUUUAUUUUUUUUGUGUGUUUUUUUUAACUUACCCGGUUGACUGAUUCUGCCUCCUCUGGCCCCACCCCCGGCCAUGUGGGAGGACCUCACAAUCACAUGGUCGGGAUAGCUGGCUGCUGCAUUGCCAGCAGGGGGGACUGCCUGUAAUGACAUUCCCUCUGCUGGCUGCAAAUCAAAUUAAAAUCAGUGUAAAAGAUAAAUAAAAAGUUAUAUAUUUAGAUCAUAUAUACAGACACACACACUGUCUAGGUGUACUUUACUAUUAAUAUUUAUUAAUAUCAAAUUACACGUAGACUGAUACUGAUUAAAUAUAUAUAAUUAUUUUUAUAUAUAAUAUAAAAAAAAAUGUAAAUACGUUAAAAAAUAAAAUGUGUAAAAUUAUUAAAACUAAAUAAUUAAAAAAUCUAUAGAUGUUAUUUCGUUCUAACUAUUGUGAUAUUAAUAUAUAUUUAUAUCAAAAUACACGUAUAACAAAAUAUAUCUAUAUACAUAAAUAUAUACGUGUAUAUAUACCUAUAUAUCCAAAAAAAUUUUUUAAAUUAUAUAUACAUAUAUAUAUAUACAUACACGUGUGUGUGUGUGUGUGUGUGUAUGUAUGUAUGUAUGUAUGUAUAUAUAUAUAUUUUUUAUUAUUUUUAUGUAAUAUUUUUACAUAAUUAGGUAUCUUAAUUAAUUACAAUUAGCGGGACCUGCCUGACAACCCAUGCCGAAAGUAUAGGGAAUUUAAUUUGCUAGCACUAUAUUUAACCCUAUAACUUUCCAAGACACCAUAAAACCUGUACAUGGGGGGUACUGUUUUAUUUGGGAGACUUUGCUGAACACAAAUAUUAGUGUUUCAAAACAGUAAAAUGUAUCAUAAUGAUGAUAUUGCCAGUAAGUGAAAUUUUUAGCAUUUUUCACACACAAACAGAACUUACACGGACGAUAUUAUUGCUGUGAUACUUUUUACUGUUUUGAAAUACACAAAUUUGUGUUCAGCGAAGUCUGCCGAGUACAACAGUACCCCUCAUGUACAGGUUUUAUGGUGUUUUCAAAAGUUGUUUCAUUUAUUUCACAUUAACAUUUGCCAGAUUGGUUACGUUGCCUUUGAGACCCUAUGGUAGCCCAAGAAUGAAAAUUACCCCAUAUGAUGGUGUUUGUAACCAAAUGGCUACUAAAAAUAACAGCUUUAAAUAGCUUUAAAAAAAAAUAAUAAAAAUUUUCCAAGGCAUUUCAUUUUUUGUGCAUCUCUUUUAAAAUGUGACUGUAGCAGGCUGCGAUACACUAGUUCUAUAUUUAGAAGCACAGUGUAAUAAACUAGGAGCAUAGUGAUGGAAUCUUUAAUUGAAGGAACUUCAUAGAGAAGGUUUUUGUCGUCUUGCUGCCAUUUACAACUUAUUUAUUAGCAGUUAAUCUAUUGUUUAAAACUUGCAUUUGAUAAGUGCAACAAUUCUAAGUGCAAGUUACACUUGAGUAGUUAUUUAUUUUUCUUCAGUUCGGUAACCCUGCAUUCUAUAGACCUUCAUAACUACACAAAAAUGCUACCCUAUUUCACUAAAUGAAGUACUUCAAUAGUCUCUCUACUGGUCAGUUCCUCCUCUUUCCUAAUUACAUUAUCUGUUUCUUUGCCAGUGUCUGACACUCCCGCUUUCAGUGUGUGGUCUCUCUCUACCUAGGGGCGUGAGCCUCUCCGUGUGUCUUUCAGUUUACCAGAACAUGAAAAUUUAAAGGACAUAGUAUAUAGAACUGGAUAGACGAGUCAAACUGUGGUCUUUGUCUAUAGUUCCUUGCAAGAUAUAAUUCGGUAAUAGGAUGGCUGGUAUUUAUGGGAUUUGUCUGUGACUGUAGAGUCUUGACUCACCGGUUCGAGGAAAAUGAUUGGGUCGGUAUACAUUUUUUUGAUAGGAGUUUAGUAAUUUAUGAUUGUUCCUUCUGCUAGAAUCGAUAUACAUCGUAAAGAAAAUGCUGGAGCCGCAGAGAAGCCUAUUACAAUUCAUUCGACUCCCGAAGGCUGUUCAACCGCUUGUAAAAUAAUUAUGGAGAUCAUGCAGAAGGAGGCUCAGGACACCAAAUUGUAAGUAAAGACCAUGUGAGGUGUAAAUUAUCAUAACUAUUUUGCGGUCCCCUCUAUAGUUCAGUAUUGGUUACUGCCUGGGGACUGAAGGUCUGCCAUUUGCUAAAAUCCGCUUAAUUUGUUGGCAGACUAUAAUAUUGCAUUUCUCUCCAAAUCUACACUGGACCAAUGGAAUUUGGUUUCAGCACAGGAGUUUGUGCAGUAAUGUGCAUUGUAAGAGAAUCUAUAGGGGGAAAUGCUUAAGGAACUUAAAUGCAGUGCUUCUAAAUUGGAUUGUUUGUGUGAAACAAACUCUACUUUCAGUCCUCUUCAUUACAGAAAUUCCUUUUUUGCCUUGACUGAUUUUCAUCCCUUUAUAUUUAAGUCAAUUCGGCAUCAUAAAUUACCUACCCCUUCUGUGAUGCCACUCCACCGCUAAGCAGUAAUUGGUGUAGAAUUUUAAAAAUAUCCAAACUAUCUUCAUGUUCCACCAUAGACUGUCUAAGCUUAAAAAAUGUUUGCCGAUGUGUUUACCACUACUAGCUGUAUAUCAAUCUGUAAAAUGUUUCCAUCAAAUAUAGGAAGCUUAUUAGUUUAAUAUAUUUUGCAUUUUUGAGUUAAACUUUCUCAAGAUCAUGUUCAAGUUAUUUGGCAGCUGAAUGGACUAAAGCCAUUAAAGGAACACUAUAGUGCCAGGAAAACAUAUUCGUUUUCCUGGCACUAUAGUGCCCUGAGGGUGCCCCCACCCUCAGGGUCCCCCUCCCGCCCGGCUCUGGAAGGGGGAAAGGGGUAAUAACUUACCUUUUUCCAGCGCUGGGCGGAGAGCUCUCUCCUCCUCUCCGCCCCCGACCGCCGCCGUUGAAUGCGCCGCUAAGAGCUGCGCGCGAUUCAGCUUCGUCGCAUAGGAAAGCAUUUACAAUGCUUUCUAUGGACGCUUGCGUGCUCUCACUGUGAAAAUCACAGUGAGAAGCACGCAAGCGCCUCUAGUGGCUGUCAAUGAGACAGCCACUAGAGGAUUAGGGGGAAGGCUUAACCCAUUCAUAAUUAUAGCAGUUUCUCUGAAACUGCUAUAAUUAUGAAAAAAUGGGUUAACCCUAGAAGGACCUGGCACCCAGACCAGUUCAUUAAGCUGAAGUGGUCUGGGUGCCUAGAGUGGUCCUUUAAGCAAAUCAUUGCACAUCAUGGCUGCACAAUGGCAGCCUAGUUACAUUGCAGGAUUAGGGUAUGCCAAGAUUUAGGAAAACCAAAGGUACUGCUCUCAGUCUACUUGCAGCACCACCGCUACCACAACAACCAUACACUUUAGGACAGGCCUGCACAACCUGUGUCCCACCUUCCCCGAUGUAUUGAACUAUAACUCCCAUGAUUCCCUGGCUCUCUGUUUCAUUUAAUGAAUCAUGGGUGUUGCAGUUUAAAACAUUUGGGGUUGCUGCAGGUUGUGUAGGCCUGCAUUAGGGUGUCUGCUACACAGAUCUUACAGUGACACCAAGCACCAAAGUGUACACCAUAAUACCUGUAAAUAGGCAUCAAAGUCUUUAGCUGCACUACUCAGUGGUGCAUCCUGGUUUUGUGCUUCCCUAGGCAGGACAAAACUGACGCGCGCACGCACUGACGCGCGCACGCACACAAACACUCACUUAGCACAAGGCUAACGACAUUUGCCUGGGCAUUUGGGGCGGCUUUUUUUUUUGCCGCCCAAGGCAAAUGCCUUGUUUGCCUCGUGGCUAAAACGUCCCUGGCACUACUAAAGUGUUUUUUGUAAGACUCUUUUCUUUGCAUUUGCUUAAGAUUCUAUAAAUAGUGGCAGCAUAUUGAUAGCUUGAUAAGAUGUGCAUUUGAUUGUGCUGUUGGCUCUGUCAAGGACUCUGCAGCUCAGUGUAGCACUUGUUUGCUUCCUUGUACUAAAUCUUGUAUUUAUUUUUUAGUACUGAAGAAAUUCCUCUAAAAAUAUUGGCACAUAACAAUUUUGUGGGUCGCCUCAUUGGCAAAGAAGGAAGAAAUCUGAAGAAGAUUGAGCAGGACACAGACACAAAAAUAACAAUCUCUCCGUAAGUUUGCAUUUUUAUUGUUCUUUCUCCACUGCAUUGCAUUGUGUUCCACCAUCGUUAUGCAUUUAUAAUUUGUUUCUGCUUUUUGACCUCAGUUUGCAGGACCUAACACUGUACAAUCCCGAACGUACCAUUACGGUAAAAGGCAGUAUUGAGGCAUGUGCCAAAGCAGAAGAAGAAGUAAUGAAAAAAAUUAGAGAAUCCUACGAAAAUGACAUUGCUGCUAUGAAUGUAAGUGAUUGUUCUGCAUGUUCUGAAUGGGUGGGAAGUAGAAAUGUAUUCCUAUAGCAUUGUACAGCCUUUAGCAUAAGGCUGCAGAGGAAAUGAUCAAAUCCAAAUGGAAUGAUUGCUUCAGAAUCUUUAGGACUCUGCAGAAAGUUCAGCCUUGCUGGAAAGAACUGGAUUUAACCCUUUGUGUUCAUUUCUUUUAAUGUAUUACAGCAUAUGUGCUAAAAUUACAAAGAUUUUAUACCGUUUGCAAUAAUUGUUACAAGAAAGCUAUAGGUGGUGUACAAAUGUAGUAGAAACAUACUUAUUUAAAAAAAAAAAGUGUGUGUGUGUGUGUGUCCUAAAUGUUAACCCCAAUAUGAAACCUUAUUUCCUUUGCCUUUCUAUAUUCAAAAGUGUGUUGGUAGAAAUCCCUAAGCGGAUCCAUAUCAUGCAUCUUGUGAUUUUUAAGAUGCUCUCAAAAAUGAGUCGGUCCAGCUGGACCAUUCCUAGUGUAUGAGUUUAGAAACUAGACUUGUGGGCAGAAUCUCUAGCAAUAUUUAAACUCUGAUCUUCCCUCGAAGAAUCAAUUGUGGUGAGUGAGCUGUGAAUGGGAUGUCUUGAAGAAUCCAUUGCUUCAGUAUGUCACAAUGGAAGAAUUCUUUCAGUUUCAAGAUUUGACCAGUAUUCAUAUAUGCAAAUGGUGCAUACGCUUCCUAUUUUACCACUUUCUAUCUAUGACUUUUUGGAGAUAAUCUGUACGUUUCAUAGUAGCAAAGCCUAGGCAGUUUUGUGGCCUGAUACCAUAGUCCGUAAAACUGUUUUAAUAUUGUGUUGAUGCAUGUUUAAACAUUUACAGCAUAUUAUGUUGCACUCUACAGCUGAUGUAAUUUAAACUGUUCUAGGUUUCAAGAUAAUCUACCAUGAUUUAAUUAUUUUAUAUUCCUUAACUGCAAAAUUAUGAAUCUACUUAAUGGUUUCUAAAGUGCCAAAUCUGAUCUUAAUUCAUCACCAUGUUCCCAUUUAUUUAUUUAUUUAUUUAUUUUUACAGUUGCAAGCCCAUUUGAUUCCUGGUUUAAACCUAAAUGCGCUGGGUCUGUUCCCACCAUCUUCAUCAGGAAUGCCACCUCCCUCAGUUGGUGUUUCCUCACCAACCACAUCCUCUUCAUAUCCACCAUUUGGGGUAAGUGGUGUUGUCAUGUGUGGUCCGCAUCAUAAAAAGUUAACGUUAUUGCAAAUGGCACGACCACCGGACAAAUCUAAACUGGGGGAUGUUGUGUUUAGUCUUGUACAUUGUUAAACAGAGAUCUGCACGCCACAUAAAUGUAUUGCAGGAUUUCUCCGCUCCCCUACGGGGUACAGGUUGAUUGCUUAUCGUCUCUACUAGGAACUGGGUUGUUCCAGAUAGGCCAUAGAAGGCUCUGCAAAUAGACUAACUACAGCUAACUUGACACAUUAACAUGUAUGUACUAAUUCCACUAAGAGCUGGUUGAUUGUACCUGUUAUAUUUUUUUUUGUAUGUUUUACCUAGAAAAUCAAUAAAAAUUCAUACAACGAAAACAAUUCAGUGUAGGUUGCCUCUAUAGGGUCCUAUCUAUCAAUUCCACAUACAAAAGUCACUAAUUUUUACAACACUAGAACAAUCAUAGGUCUCCAUUCUGAUUGUAGACUUAUUGACCACAACAUUAACUUUCAUUUCAGCAACAGCCUGAAUCGGAGACUGUUCAUCUUUUCAUCCCGGCAUUAGCUGUAGGAGCUAUAAUUGGCAAGCAAGGACAACACAUCAAGCAACUUUCCCGCUUUGCAGGAGCCUCAAUUAAGGUAGUUUGUUUAUUCUAGAAGUACUUCGACUGCAAGGACGAAGAUCUGUAAAAUCUAACAAGCUGAUUAAACAUUGGCUAAAAUACUGUAUGGAGUCUUUCCAUUUUCGUGAUUUGGUUAUUGGUGACUUCUGCUCGGCUAAUGUGCAUCUAUUUUCCAAUUCUAGUAUUUUAUUGGUAUUCCUCACUUGUGUGUGUGUGUGCAUGCUACCUACCUGACCUACUACAGACAGGUGAACUUCUUGGGCUGCAGUAGAGGAAUUUUAAUACUUAAUUAUGUACUAAAGUAUAUACAGGCCUGAUACAUUUCCUUUUGAAUUCCAAGUGAUGAAGCUUUUGUGCUUUUUCCUAAUAUGACCUUUUAACCCUCUCUUUAACUCCUUAAGGACACAUGACAUGUGUGACAUGUCAUGAUUCCCUUUUAUUUCAGAAGUUUGGUCCUUAAGGGGUUAGAUGAUCACUAUAGGGUCAGGAACACAAACAUGUAUUGCAUUGCCAUUUUGGCCAAUCAGGACCUCCUCAUAGAGAUGCAUUGAUUCAAUGCAUCUCUAUGAGGAAAAUUCAGCGUCUCCAUGCAGAGCGUGGGGACAUUGACCGGCAGGGCAUGCAUUCUGUUCAGCAGUAUGUCCCUUUAGUCUACAAUUACUUUAGAAGCACUGCACUAUAAAAUCUUGGCUCGUGUCUAGUCAAGGAAAACUCUUCAUAUUUUCCAUGUGUAUAGACUGACCCUGCAGUCAUGAGUGUGUUCGUAUUAGUCUGAUGGUCAUAAAUGCCAGCCAGGUAUAUUGUGUUGGUCAGGUUACCGUAUGAGAAUUUUCUUUUGACGUGACUUCAAUUUUUAUAAACCUAUGCAGACGUACAUACAUUUUGGUCACAUGAUUUGGUUUAUACAAAAAGACUUUAUGUACUUGCUAAACAAAUGAAAAUCCAAAGUCACCUGUGAUAUAUUUUCAGAUUGCUCCUGCCGAAGGACCUGAUGCCAAACUACGAAUGGUCAUCAUCACUGGACCACCGGAAGCCCAGUUUAAGGUAUUGUCCUAGUGAACAAUUUUCUUUAAUUGUGUAACCCUUGGGAUCUAGCAAGAUUCCAUUCUGAUACCCCUUUAGAGCAGAGUUUAGUUUUCCAUUUCGUUAGUUAAAAGGGAAACUUUAGUCACCAGAACUACAGCUUAUUGAAUUUGUUCUGGUGAGUAGAAUCAUUACCUUCAGGCUUUUUGCUGCAAACACUGUCUUUUCAGAGAAAAUGCAGUGUUUACAUUACAGCCUAGUGAUAACUUCACUGGCCACUCCUCAGAUAACUGUUAGAGAUCCUUCUUGGGUCAUGGCUGCCUAAAAUGCAUCCAAACAUUCAGUGUCUCCUCCCGCUGCAUGCAGACACUGAACUUUCCUCAUAGAGAUUUAUUGAUUCAAUUAAUCUCUAUGAGGAGAUGCUGAUUGGCCAGGGCUGUGUUUGAAUCAUGCUGGCUCUGCCCCUGAUCUGCCUCUUUGUCAGUCUCAGUCAAUCCUAUGGGGAAGCAUUGUGAUUGGAUCAGGCCUCCACUUCUGAUGUCAGCAGACUGCUUGUUUGGUUUUUUUUUUGUUAUGGCAAACCUCAUGCAGAGUUACAGCUUCUGGCUUGAAUACAGUAAGAUUUUGCUAUGUUUAUGGAGUUAUGAGGGGCUCAGGGGGGCUAGAUGGUGGUGUUAACACUAUAGGGUCAGGAAUACAUGUUUGUGUUCCUGACCCUAUAGUGAUCCUUUAAUAGUUUGAUAUUUCUUUAAUUUAGUGAAGUUGUGUUUGCAUCUUGUUUUGGUCCCAGUUUAGGUAUCUCAGCCAGGAUAUUUACACAUUAUCAUGUGUUCCUUGGAGGUUUAAUUGUAGUAACUACCAGUAUAGUGAGAUCUUUAAGAACAUGGUUAUCUUCAUCUGAUGUUGGGGGUAAAUUGGGCAUUGUGAUAUGCAGAUGUUUAUCCAGAACUGUUUUCCUUGAAGGAAGUUGUCUAAAGUGUGAUUUGAGAAGAUCAUACUACACAAGCUAGCCAUCUUUUUCUUACUUUUUCAACCAUAACAAACAUUCCUCUUUCCCUGCAGGAUAACGGCACAUUACGAUUUUGUUUUGUAAUGAGAAAUGUUACCUUCCAUUUCUAUAUAGAAAUGUAGUCGCAUCUAAGACUGCAAUUAAAAGCCACAAGAUGGCACCCUAAUGUCCGGAUAUACAAUACGUAGGCUUCAUGACUUUUAAGAAAGAUUCCCUUUUGUUUUUUGUUUUUUUUAAGGAAUCUGAUGCAUUUAGUGUUGUAAUGUAUGGACUAAGGUUUACAAGUAGAUUUAAACAAAAAAAGUUACAACGAUCUAUCCGCUCUGACCAAUAGCUGGUUGGUUGUUUCUGUUCCCCUUUCCACCUUUUUGCUUUUGUACAUAAUUUCAGUAGGCAAGAAUUCUUGGUGUGGAAGCCUGGCUCACUUCCUAUUACGAGCCUUACUCUUUUGCUUGCACGAAGUGGAUAUAUUUGUGACAUCUCUGAAUGGUAACUAGCUUCCAGUCUAGACAGUCACAUGACAAGAAAAUCUCUGGGGCAGAUUAAAAAUACUUUGACAUCACAAGUUUGGACAAAUACCAAAUGAAACGAGAAGUGUUCCAGCAAUAUGUAAUAGAAGCCCUCUUUUAACAUGCAGCUUUAUGGGAAAUGUAUGUUUAGAGCUCUGUAAGAAUGAUGAAGAGCGACUGGCAUUGGGGUUGGCUGUUCUAGAUGCACAGCACUUGGGAGGGUGGAGGGGAAACGUAAGAACAGUAUAUAUACAAAAGGUUAAAAUUGAAGAAUAAUGCUCCAAUCACCUUCUGUGUUACUCAAUCCACACAGAGUGCAACAUAUAAAGUGAAUAAACAGGUGAGGGCAUAGAAGAUAGUGUAUAAUAGCACACACCUGCAAGUUACUAUAUUUCAGGGUACAACCUUAAAAGACAAAGAAUAACAAAUCAUAGUAUAACCUGUAUAAGUAACUGAAAAAAUAGAAGAGAAAUUAUCCCACUCAUGUGGUGCUGUGCCGUUUAAAGUGGGCUCAGACUAUAAGCGCCUUUUGGGUAUAUAGAGAUGGUUGCUGAGUUCAGAUGCUGGAAAUUGGUAGUUGGAUGUUCCGCUGAAUGUUGCCACUUUCCCUUGGUUCUCAUUUUGAUCUUUUGUAUACAGAGAGGGGCUUUCCGCUAAUAUCUAUUAACCACAGUGCAUCUUUGCUAUGCAGGAGUUUUGUUUUUUUAACUCUGCCAAAAAUUUAAACUUUUCUUUUUCACUCACUUUGUACUGUUUAGCUCUGUUAACCCAACAUACCCACAGACUCCUAACAAGUCUGAAUUAUACUUAUGCAUGCUGUGCUAUAGAUAUUGUGCAGGGUUACAAAUAGAAGGGAAUAACCCUUCACUAUAAUGCAAAAGGGACAAUCGAACAGGGUUAUCCACUAAAGUAAGAAUUCAAAGUGAAUUUCAAAUCGAAGAUCGAAACAGACAAACUGAAAAAAUUCCAGCUCAGCUGCUUUUGCCUUAAUUUCACUUUAGUGAAAUACCCUGUAAAUGUGUAAGGAAUACUCGAUUAAUGUUAUGUUAUGUUACCCUCCAUGUUGUGUUUUUAUAGCUUAAAGGGACGCUAUAGUCACCUGAACAACUUUAGCUUAAUGAAGCAGUUUUGGAGUAUAGAACAUGCUCCUGCAGCCUCACUGCUCAAUCCUCUGCCAUUUAGGAGUUAAAUCCCUAGUCACACCUCCAUGCAUGUGACUUGCACAGCCUUCCAUAAACACUUCCUGUAAAGAGAGCCCUAUUUAGGCUUUCUUUAUUGCAUGUUCUGUUUAAGAUUUUCUUAUCCCUUGCUAUCUUAAUAGCUUGCUAGACCCUGCAAGAGCCUCCUGUAUGUGAUUAAAGUUCAAUUUAGAGAUUGAGAUACAAUUAUUUAAGGUAAAUUACAUCUGUUUGAAAGUGAAACCAGUUUUUUUUUUUCAUGCAGGCUCUGUCAAUCAUAGCCAGGGGAGGUGUGGCUAGGGCUGCAUAAACAGAAACAAAGUGAUUUAACUCCUAAAUGACAGUGAAUUGAGCAGUGAAAUUGCAGGGGAAUGCUCUAUACACUAAAACUGCUUUAUUUAGCUAAAGUAAUUUAGGUGACUAUAGUGUUCCUUUAAGGGUAUUUUAACAAAUCCCAACUGGCCCACCAGCUAUCCUGUUGACUGUUUUGGGAAACCCCUUGUCCCAUAACCCGUUCAAGGAGCAUAUGUGGUUAAUGGAGAAAUAAAGACAAUUACCUUUUAUUUUUGUUUGCGGGGGUUCUUCAAAUUUCACUUUGCCUUUUACAGUUUUUGUAGCAUGGCUGCGUCUUGCUUGGAGGAAGCGGUCAAUGUCAUUGCUGCUUAGUCUUAGUCGGAGGGCAGGUAAUGAAGGAAGAAUUGGUGUGGGAUGGGGUGGUUUACAGGCUUAUUUUGCCACUCGUAUGUUCUCAUUUAACAAGGUAGCACUAUGCAAGCUUGCAUCAACAUACCAAGGGUGCCACUCUUUGCCAAAUCAUUGUACUCUUCACACUUAUUACCCGACUAAAAAAAUAAGUACUAGGGGAGCAUUGCAGUUAAGAGCUUCUUAAAUGCAAGUAAUCUGCAAAAUUUUAAACCUCAAAUAUGUGAUGUAGUAUAGUGUCAUAAUUUGAAAGGAACACUUGUACACAUCUUAUUUGUUUAUAUUCUAUGAAUAGUUCUUGAUGGAGGGUUCUUUUGGCAUGCCAGCAUAUUUUAUUUUUAUAUAUUUUUUUUUAAUGUAUUUUUAUGUAAAUAAAUAGUAACUGCUUUGUCCAAAAUAUUUUUUUUUUUUUUUUUAUCCUGGCAUUCUAAUUCAUUAAGCCCAUUAUUGUGAGCUAUUUUUCAAGCAACCAGUAUCUUUAUAAUGGAUGGAGCAGUAAAAUAUACAUUUUGACAAUCUUCAUUUUUCAAGAUUUUAGAACGGAGUGUAAACAAGUUGGUAUAGGUUGAAAAGAUAAGAUAAUAGUUGUGCUCUGUUGCAGUUUGACAAGUUUCAUUACAGUACAAUUAUUCAUAUCCGGCAUUUCACUAAAAGAUAAGUCCUAACUUUAAAAAGUACACGGCUACCCUUUGUACCAAGAGUGUGCUACGAAUGUGAGUAGACUUAAGUUUUAAUGGUAGUUAGGGAUGGAGUGGAGAAACAAAAAUGUUUUCCAAUCCAAACGCCUACAUUUCCUGACCGAGGUCUCAUUUAUUCUCAAAGCUUUAAAUGUGACAGUUCUAGAGUAAAAUAUUUCUCACCAAUUGGCAACAUAAAUUUUUCUUUCUAUAGAAUUAUUCUAGUGUUAGCAUGUUAUUCCUCAGUAAUUGUGUGUAAUAUAGUAUAAUAGGAGGGCUACUUGGUCCUAGUUGAUUUGGGGUUUUGUAAAUUUUUGUAUUUACUUGAUCUCACAUUAUUAGUGGCACUCUAGGCACUGUUAUCGUGCUUUGCAUAGGCGUACUCAAAAUUGGUACCAUGUGAUUAGGUAAUUUCUCUUUCCCCAUUGUUUUAGAUCAAUGAAAGUAUUGCUAGUAAUGCAUGGUUUUGGUAAAAGUAAGGUGUGUAAAAACAUAGCUACAUUAUUUUUUUUAUUUUUUAUUUAUUUAUUUUGUGUGUGUGUGUAAAUCCCUUAGGCCCAAGGAAGAAUCUAUGGGAAACUUAAAGAGGAAAACUUCUUUGGACCCAAGGAAGAAGUGAAGCUGGAGGCCCAUAUUAAAGUUCCCUCUUAUGCUGCUGGACGUGUUAUAGGCAAAGGAGGCAAAACUGUAAGUGUUUGGGUUUUUUUCGUUUUUUUUCCUAAAAUUAAUGAUCUACUCAUGACUUGUAUAAGAACAGUAUUAAUGGAAUUAGAUCGCUACGUCUACAUUGCAAAAUAGGGCAAUAUGCAUUGCUCUGGCAUAAUAAAUGCCACAUUAGACAUAACCAGUCCGGAGCAUAGCGAGUGAGGUAUGACCAAAGAUAGUUCAUCUAUACGAUAUUCAUAGUGUUGGGGUUGCCUGCUAUGGAGUCAGUCCUAGGGCAUUGAGUAGGCCACAUUAAACGUUUAUGGGAGAGCUGUACUCCUAUACUAGUUCCUGGAGACCAAUAUUAUGAAAUUGUAUCGCUCACUAGCCUUUGGGCAUGUUAAACUCCACUACAGGAAGAACUGUUGGAAAUUCCCAAUGUGUACCGUCUAAAAACUGACCAGUGAAGAUAGGCAUGCCUAAUGAUUGGCUUCCAAAAUACUUACAAUUGUCAGAGUUCCAUACAGCUAAAUAAUUUAAAAAAUUAAUGAUCUCAAAAAAAAAAAUUCCAACUUAAGGCAUUCAGUAUGGAUUAGCAUAAAUAAUGGAAAUAUUAGCCCCUAGUAGGUGGAAGCUCUCCUGUUAAAAGAUAUUUCAAUUUACUCUAAAAAGAAGCAUUAGGAGAAAUGUGUUCGCUUUGUUAUAUAUCAAGUAAUGGGACGUUUCAAAGCAAGCACUUUUAAUAACGCUAAAGGAAAUUUGCUACAAUUGUAGUGCGUAAGAAAACAUGCACACAAAACACCAGAAAUGUGUCGUAUACAGUGAGUUAAUCACCUGACCAAAUAAUAAGAUCCCUGAGGAUCCAUACACAACAAUACUGCCAAUAUCAAAGUAUGGUUUACCCAUCUGGGAUGUAUGUUGUCCGUCAUCAAUGUCCCUCUAUCGUGAGGGAUUGUGUUGAUGACAAAAGCUACUAGAAUCAAUGAGCUAUUUGAUGUAGUCAGUUUGGAGCUAGGUCAAUCCUAAUGGGGUAAAUGAUCACUUAUUCAUUAGUGUCACUGUUAUGUAGUCUUGAUGUAACCUAUAUCCUCUUCUGAUUGCAAGCUUUUGUCACUUUUAACCUCUAGAGUAGCUAGACUUAUGCAGUCUGUUUACCACCGGCAGCAUGUCACUGCGAGGGUAGCAGUAAUUUUGCAUUUAAACAGAUGCCCCUAUUGGGGGUCACAGCACCAUUGUGUUUGCCUCUGUUUAUUGGCCUUUGUGUCUUUAUGAUGAACAGUAAAUGGCAAAAUGUUUCACAUAAAAACUCAAGUUAGUUGGCUACACUUGCUUGUCCCAAAAGUCUAACACAAUACAUAAAGCAUGUAGGCCUCGUCAUGAGGUUUAGUUGUUCAGUAUAAAUAGAGCCUUGAGAGAGAUUCUUUUUGAGCCAAAAUGUUGACUUUUAUGGUUUAAUAAAUCUUCCUUGGGCCUCUCUGUAUGUGCACAGUUCUAGAUAAAAUUUACAGUAAAAUGAUUCCCAUAAACACACACUACAGUUUAAAAAGAAAGCUUUGAUAACAAAUUUUCUCUGAGAGACCGUUCCAUUGGAGAAAAGAUCUCAUAGGCCAUCUGCUUUAAAGGAACACUGUAGGCACCCAGACCAGUUCAGCUCAUGAAAGUGGUCUGGGUGCAGUGUCCCUGUCAGUUUAUCAAUAACUGCAAUAAUUACAUUGCAGGGUUAUACCCCCACCACUAGUGGCUGUCUACCAGAUAGCCACUAGAGGCGUGUCUGGCAAUUAUUGACCGCCGAACAGAUGCUGGACGUCCUCUCUCUCUGCAUGAGGACAUCCAGCGUCGGCUAAAACCCCAAUCUCUGCAGAGAUAUAGAUCCGUUAGAUCAGACUGCUGGGUUAGAAUUUGCCAUGAACCUUGUCAGUCAUGGAUGAAUCAAUCUUUGUGUCAACAGUGAUUAGGCUGGUGAUAUUUCAUCGGGAGAGUUCUUUAAAGGGUUACUUAAAGCACCAUGACCACUUCAAAGAAAUUAUGUAAUCUGGCAGCAUGGCUUCCUUGUCCUCCUGUCAGCCCAUCCAUCCAGCAAGGGAGAGUGAUGUUGGUGGAGUAUGUUUAAGGUUGCAGUAAGGUUCUAGCUUAAAUAUUCCUGGUUUCUGGCCUAUUUCUAGACGGAUUUGAAUUUCACUUACAUGGGUCUUUACAUACAAGUACUUCGUGCUUUCAAUUACCUAUACACGCAUGCAUACAAUCUCCAGUUUUCUCAAAACAUAUCUGCAACACAUAGUUAUGUCACAGAAAACAUAUUUUAUGCAACAUAAGCCACAAGUGUAAUUUUAUUUAAUAAAUUUGGUUUUAGGUAAAUGAGCUUCAGAAUCUAACCAGUGCAGAAGUUGUUGUUCCACGUGAUCAAACGCCAGAUGAAAAUGAUCAAGUGGUGGUUAAAAUUACAGGCCACUUCUAUGCAAGCCAGGUAUGUGAAGCUCAAAUGUGUGUUGUGUUUUGUUUCCUUUUCUGUGUUUUUUGUUUUAUCCAGAUAUUUGUUUUUUGCCUGGAUAAGAAUUUUUAUUUUAUUUUUUUUAAUUUUGUUUUUGUCACAUGUAACCAUAAAAAGAGCAAUGCAUGUCCAAAGUUGUCUUGUCUUGUCCCAAAGGUUUCAUAAUAUUGGAAAAUAUUUUGGAACCUUUUGGACAAGACAACUUUGGAAGCAAAUGCACUUAGAGGAAAUGAAAGGCUUGUUUGGUAAGCAUUGUAUUUAGUGUGGUGGAAGAAGCAAUUGACAAGUUAUACUUACUGAAUAAGUUUCUCAUAAAUCAAAUGUAAGAAAUAAAUAAAUACAAGAGUGUUUACCUCUAACAUUUAUUUAUUCAUUUCAGCUUGCACAGCGAAAAAUCCAGGAAAUUCUCGCUCAGGUAAGAAGACAGCAGCAGCAACAACAGAAAACCGUGCAGAGCGGACAGCCCCAGCCAAGACGAAAAUAGAGGUUCAAGAAAAUGGCCCUUCACAGAGACAGAUGCCAGACCAAAGACAGACUGAGUAAAAGACAAGUUAACCACACUUGUCAGUGCUACGUGGCUAAAGUUUCCACCUAGCUCGUCACCUGUUUGAGGACCAGGCAACCAGUCCGCUGUCUCUGAGAAUGUAUUCUUUAGGCUCUCAAACUUUUGGAAUCCAGCUUUAAAAAAGAAAAAAAAGAAAAAAAAAAGGAAAAGAGAGGAAAAAUAAGGACCCCUUCACUUCCCUUUUGAUCUAUUCUCACAAGUUAACAUAAACCUUGUUAGUCUUUUUUUUAUUUAUUUUUUUUAUUCUUAUUCCCCAACAAUUUUAGAACUUUGUUUAAUGAAGCUUUCUCUUAUGAGUUCUCUGGUUCAAAAAGAAAAGGCAUUGCUCUUAUACGUCCAGAUGUAUUAGAAAAAAAAAAAGAAAAAGAAAAAAAAGAAUUAGUAGAAGGUGGGGAUUAUUGGUGGGUUAGUGUUGAUGAAGGGUAUUGACGAGAUUAAGUGUUAGUCCCAGUGUUGAACAAGUGGCAUUUUUUUUUAAUUUGGUUGCAUUUUUACUUAACACUGCCAUGAAUAACCUAAGGGAAGUGUAGAAAGGUGUUGGCCAGGGCAUAAAAAGAUAAAUAUGCAUUUUACUAAACUACCUCAGGCAUUUAGUACCUCAAUGAGAAAUUGUUCCUUUUUAUUUUAUUUUUUUCUUUGUUUUUGGUAUUUUGUAUACUUUAUAAAGCUAAUAGUUCUUGAGCAUUUUAUUUUUUUAAUAAAAAUAAAAGAUCAGCCAGCAGUUAGAAGCACAGAUAUAUUUCAAAAUUAUUAGCAGAAUGGUGCUACUUGCUGUUGGCUGAUGGGAGUAAAAGAUGGAGUGUUGCCUCAGAUUUCGUGAGGCCUUCCAAACCAUCAUUUUGCUAGAAAGUUCAGUGAAUGUUCAAAUAUAGAUCCUGAAAAAAAAACAAAAAACCGCCACCAUACUGAUAGCAGCAAUGCCGUUUAUUUUUCUUUUACUAUAGGAUAAAAAUAGUUUGACGGUACUUUUUCUGGGAACAGGACACAAGGAAGUGAUGGAAAGAGGCCGGCUGGGUUUGGGAAUAUAUUUUAAUGGUAUAAGACUGGAUAUAUAUUUUUUUUUAUUUUAUUUUUUUUGUGGGGCGGAAGGGGUCUUUUUGUUUUUCCAUUUUAUUUUUAUUUUUAUUUUUUAAUUUAUUUUAUUUUGGGGGUGGGGGUUGUGCUGCUUGGUUGAAUGCAAUGAACCCUUUGUGCCUUUGACCAUCACUACCUAAUACUACAUUUAAACAUUUGCAGCCUGUUUGAACUUUGCCAUUCUGUUCAAAGAGCAAGCUUCAUCAUCAGUUUGGUAAAUAAAAGAAAACACUUGAUCUAUGGGAGCAUAUAUAGAUAUAUAAUUAUAUAUAAAUAUAUAUUUCCUUUUUUUAUUUUUUGUUUGUUUUAAUAUAUAACCUUUUUUUUUUUAUUUUAUUCUUUCCCCUCCUCCCCCACAACCCUACCAUGACCAUCAACUGAUGCUUCCCAUCAGAUCAACACAUUACGUUCAGUUACCGUGACUGGGGGGGAGAGGGAACUGGGGAUGAAUCAAACACAUGUUUGAUCACAUGUAAGCAAACGACAGGUGUAAGUUUACAUAUCCAGCAGCAGUAAAAAAAUAAAAAUAAAAGGGCCACACAAAGCCACUUGGAAGGUUUAAAAGCUGAAUACAACAGUCUAUUCUGGCUUAAAAUAGCUACAGCAGGGUUUAUGCACAUGUUUCGUUUUUAAUUAAAAUUUAUUUUUGCAAAACAACCAUUAACCCUUUUGCUGCCAGAGUUGCAAAAUGAGUUUUUGCUGUACAUCUCUGACAGCUCAAGGGUAAUAAAGUAAAAACACAUUCAAAAGGCAGGGAUAAAAGGAAAGCUACCAAAUUCUUUUUAAUUUCAGAAUGUAAUUUGAAUGAUGAUUGUGGUAAUAUUACACAUUCAAGUUUCUACAAUAAACUUCAGUCUACCUCAGUUUUGAAAAUGUGGCAACACUUGGUGCAUAAAGACUGCUGUGUGUGUGUAUAUGUGUGUGUGUGUGGUCUUAACAGAGCCAUGCGAUUUACCUCUGAACCUUUAUUUUUGUGAUGUUUUUGUGCAUGAGAUGAUCAAUCACCAUGCUGCACUGAUUUGAGGGGCACAACUAGCAAAACCAUAUGUUUCACCAUUUUGUUGAUCUACCUCUUAGAUUCAUAUUGAAAUAGAGGCAUUUCUUCAUAGAAUAGAUAUUUUUUCCCAAAGAUCAUUGUUGUACAGCUUAGAGAUCCUUUUUUUUUUUCCUUUUUUUUUUUUGCCUCCUUUCUUUCCCCACCCACCCUCCUCCCUUCUUACCUUCUUACUUUCUUACUCUAUUUUUCCUCCUAAUUUUGAAAAUAGUCUGAAGUGUUUUUUUUUUUGUUUGUUUUUUUUCCUUUUCUUAUCCUACAUCUAAAUUACUAAUUUGGUUAAAAUAAAUAAUAAUAAAAAAAAUAAACUUGGAACCUAUGUUGUAGUUUUAAGAAAAAUAAGGUUUUUUUUUCUUCUUCUUCUUGACGAGAGUGACUUCAUUUAGUGUUUAGAAUUUUUUUCUUUUCCUACAUUGAUUAAAAAAAUACUGAACUAUGAAAGUCAUUAAAUAGCAUAUUGAACUUUUAGUUGAGUCUCGAAUAUAGGCCCAACUUUCUUUUUCUUAACAUGUUGAAGCAGACAUAACUUGAUUUAUUUUCCAUAAAUUUUACUUUACAGAUAGGUGCUGCAUAUACAUCUGCUGAUUUAAAUACUGUCAUAUCUCUUUAAAUUUCUAGACUGUUAGUGUGGUAAUCAUGUUAUUUUCAAUUGAGACUUGGUAAAUUGGAGUAUUUUGGCAAUAGAUACAGUAGAAAGUAAUACUGUAAAUGAGUUUAAUAUCUGCAAAGCAUGGAUCAUUUUUCAUCUGUAAUGUGCCCCCAACGCAGCUCCACUUGCCAGAUGCCUCUGAAUGGAAUAAAGAGUUUAACUCCUAUG